CGCACACGACCGACGUCUUGCAUGUUCCUCUUGGCUCGGGGAUGCCCGCUGCCUUCGCCUCCUGAUUUCACAUUUGACUUUGCUCGUUUCCGAGUGUUCGACUCCCGACGCUGCCCCACGCGACCAUGGAGCAGCGACAGCAGCAGCAGCUGCAGCAGCAGCAACAGAUCUCGUCCCGCACGGAGCAGCGCUUCAGCCGGCAGGUCACCAGCACGCAGCAAGUGCAAGGAAUGGUGAUGCAGUCUUCGCCACAACUUACGUUCGGUAACAGGCCAGGAGAUGUCUCACCCCCAGUCUUCGAACAGAUUUUCCGAAAUGCCCGCUUUGCACAGGGUGGUAAUGCCCUGUUUGAGGGUAAAGUCCGGGGUAAUCCGAAGCCUGUUGUUUCAUGGACAAGGAAAGGCGCUCCCCUUCUUGAAUCAAACAAAUAUAAAAUGAAAUAUGAUGAACAGACUGGAAAUGUUUCAUUGCUCAUCAAUGCAAUAGGACCAGGAGAUGAAGGGGAGUACACAUGCACUGCACGAAAUCAGUACGGUGAAGCUAUCUGUUCAGUUUACAUACAACCUGAAGGUCAGGGGCAGAUUAUACAGCAGCCUCCAGGUGGCUACCAGAGAGAGUUUACUCAGACAAUUGAAACCUCUGAACAGCGAACAACACAGCAGCGUUUUCAGAAACAGACAACAGGAAAAAUUUCAUAUGCUAAUGGACACAUUGUAGAAGAGGAUUUUAAAGUGGACACAUUUGAGUACCGGCUUCUCCGUGAAGUUGAGUUUCGUGAAUCAAUAACACGGCGCUUUGUUGGAGAAGUUGACAGAGAGAUCAGUACAGUUAUUGAUCGAUCACUGGGACCUGUUGCACCUCCACAAAUAGCACAGAAACCACGAAAUUCCAAACUCCAGGAAGGUACCACAGCGACAUUCCAGGCUAAAGUUCCAGCCAACCCACGUCCAAGGAUUACAUGGUUUAAGAAUGGACAGCGCAUCACUCAUUCCCAGAAGUAUGAAAGUAGUUACUCAAACCAACAAGCUGUUCUUAAGAUUAACUCUCUCCAGUCUGAAGAUUCUGGACAUUAUACUCUCCUGGCGGAGAAUCCUCAAGGAUGUGUUGUAUCAUCUGCUUACUUAGCUGUUGAAUCGUCUGCGACUCAAGAUGGACUUGAUCAGAGGGGAAGAGUUCCUCAUACAGAACCUUCUGAGGGCACAGAGGCAGGGAAGGCUCUCGCACCUAACUUUGUGCGGGUUUGUAAUGAUCGUGAUGUUACUGAGGGUAAAAUGACACGUUUCGAUUGCCGAGUGACUGGCCGACCUUACCCAGAAGUGGCGUGGUUCAUCAAUGGGCAACAAGUCAGUGAUGAUGCAACCCAUAAAGUGUUGGUCAAUGAAUCAGGCAACCAUGCUCUAAUGAUAACAAAUGUGAGCAUUUCAGAUGCUGGAGUAAUUACCUGUGUAGCCCGCAACAAGGCUGGAGAGACUUCCUUCCAGUGCAAUUUAAAUGUAAUAGAGAAAGAACAAGUUGUAGCCCCAAAAUUUGUGGAACGAUUCAGCACAGUACAUGUGAAGGAGGGGGAGCCAGUGGUAUUGAAAGCCCGAGCUGUUGGCACUCCCAUCCCUCGCAUUUCAUGGCAAAAGGAUGGGGUCCCCCUGGCGCCGGGACCUGACGUAAACAUCCACACAGACGGUGGAGCCUCGACACUGGACAUCCCGCGAGCCAAGGCGUCGGAUGCGGCCUGGUACCAGUGCACCGCUCAGAACGUCGCAGGCUCCACCGCCACACGUGCUCGCCUCUUUGUCGAGACACCUAAGGGCGCCACACCUCCUCCCCGUCGUCUUAAUUUACCACGACCGACGAAGGUCAUUGAACCUGAACCAGAGCCAGGGCCUGAGGUAAUCUAUUUACGCCAUGUGGAGCGUGCGAAGCCUCACAUGCCUUUGCCAGAAGAAGAGCGUAUCUACCCACCACCACAAUUUAUUAUUCCACUGAACAAUGCUCAUCAGGUUGAGGGAGGACGUGUACAUUUUGAGGCUCGCAUUGAGCCUGUUGGUGACCCAAGCAUGAAAGUUGAGUGGUUUGUGAAUGGCAGACCUCUGGCUGCAAGUUCUCGUGCUACAGCUACAUUUCAGUUUGGUUUCAUCGCACUUGACCUGAUAAGCAUUCAGCUGGAGGACAGUGGAGAAUAUGUUUGCCGUGUGUCAAGCAAUUCGGGAUCAGUUGAAUCUCAUGGUCUGCUGAGUGUAACAGGCCGAGUUGGCAUCGAACAAUCUAGUCAGCACCCCGACAGCCUGCAAUACAUCCAACAUUUGGAAGACUACUCACGCUAUCAGCGAACAGAGAGUAUAGAAGAAGUCUCGUCUCAACGGCCUAACUUCAUUCGACCACUUCAGGAAUUAGGAGAGCUGCAAGAAGGCCGAAAUGCCCACUUUGAAGGACAGCUCACUCCCGUCAGCGACCCCACUAUGAGGGUGGAGUGGUUCAAGGACGGGAAACCGAUCACAGCAAGUUCUCGCAUUACCACCAUCUUCAACUUCGGUUAUGUCUCCUUAAAUAUAUUGCACCUACGGGCUGAAGAUGCUGGUACAUACACCGUGCGAGCUGUGAACAGAACAGGCGAGGCUAUUAGCUCUUCUACUCUCAAAGUUCAAGCACGUACUAGCGUGACAGCAGAUCUCGGUAUACCAGAGCAGCAGAGAUAUAUUGAGAAAGUUGAAGAACUGGAAGCUUAUCAGCAGUAUCUGCAAUCACAGCGAUAUGUGCAGGAACCUCCAGAGAGCACAGCACCUCCUGAAUUUAAGUCACCGAUUAAAGACCAGCUGAAUAUCAGGGAGGGUGGAUUUGCUCAUUUUGAAGCUCGUCUUGAGCCUAUUGGUGACUCUACUCUACGAGUGGAAUGGCUAAAAGAUGGAAAACCAGUUGAAGCCAGUUCACGAAUCACAAGUUUUUUCAAUUUUGGAUAUGUGGCAUUAACAAUUAAAUCAGUCACAACUCAUGAUAUUGGCACUUACUCAUGUCGUGCAAUAAAUACUCUGGGAGAGGCUGUAACAUCAGCUAAGUUAACAGUUGUUAGUAAGAAAGACAUCAUUAUGGACAGUCAACACCCAGGAGGCCUUGAGAAAAUACAGUAUCUGGAAGACACAAGUCGCUAUGGCCGAAGCCUUCAAGAAGAGACUACUGUCACAAAGAAACCAAUGUUUCUUGGUCCACUGAAGGGUACCAACAAAAUUGUGGAAGGUCAGAGGGCCCACUUUGAAGCCCGAGUGGAGCCUCAACAUGACACAACAUUGCAGAUUGAGUGGUACUUCAAUGGGAAGGUAAUUAUGACUGCUAACAGAAUCCAGACAUAUCAUGAUUUUGGUUAUGUGGCAUUAGACAUUCUUGGUGUCCGUGCUGAAGAUGCUGGUACCUAUACUGUGGUUGCAAGAAAUGCCCUUGGUGAAGCACAGUUAUCAGCCAGUAUGGUUGUCGAGACUCGCUCAAGCAUAGACACCACAAGUAUGCAUCGUGGCACAUAUGAAAAGACACAACGCCUUGAAGACUCAAAGUUUAUUGAACCAUCAUAUCAUAUUGAAGAAAUCUCAAAAUCGAAACCAAUCUUUGUACAGCCUCUGUCAGACCCAAAACCCAUAAGUGAAGGCAAGAAUAUUCAUUUGGAAUGCCGUCUGGAGCCUAUGGGAGAUCCAACAAUGCGUGUUGAAUGGUUCUAUAAUGGACGACCAAUCACAGUUGGAUCACGCUUUAGAACAUACUAUGACUUUGGAUAUGUGGCACUAGACAUCGUGCAGGCCACUUCUAUGGAUUCUGGUGAAUACACUGUGCGAGCAACAAAUCAUCUUGGAUCUGCACACACAUCAGCUUGUGUGAGGGUAAUCAGUCGCUCAGAUAUUGUAACGGAAACACAGAAUGAAUCAGCUCUUGAACAGAUCCAGUAUUUAGAAGAUGCCUCUCGACAUCGAAGAACAGUAACAGAAGAUGUUACAGUGGUUCAAGCUCCGCAAUUUACUCGACCAUUACAUAACAUUGAAACUGUUGAAGGCACAAACAUCCAUCUGGAGUGCCGCCUGCAGCCUGUUGGAGACCCUACAAUGAGAGUUGAAUGGCUUGUCAAUGGGCAGCCUGUCAAGACAGGACAUCGCUUCCGACCAGCGUAUGAUUUUGACUAUGUGGCUCUAGACUUGCUGAGUGUAUAUCCUGUGGAUUCAGGUGUUUACACAUGCGUGGCUCGCAAUCAGCUUGGUGAAGCUGUUACUUCAUGUUCAGUUAAAAUCAUAGCGAAAAAGGAUCUGAUUCUGGAAACUCAACAUCCAUCUGGGCUGGAAAAAAUUCAGUAUUUGGAGGACACAUCACGUUAUCGAAAGACAGAGUACAUGGAUGAAGUAGUGAAUGUGCGCCCACGUUUCAUCACAAAGCCCAAAAAUUUAGAUAACAUGCGUGAGGGUCAGCAUGCGCACUUUGAGUGUAAGCUUGAACCAGUGACUGAUCCAAACCUGAAGGUGGAGUGGUACAAGAAUGGGCGUCCAGUUACUGUAGGUCAUAGGUUUCGGCCCAUUCAUGAUUUUGGGUACGUUGCUCUGGACAUCAUAGACCUUAUUGCUGAGGAUUCUGGUACAUAUACAUGCCGUGCAGUAAAUUUGCUUGGAUCUGAUGAGACCACUUGUGUUCUUAAUUGCAGAAGCACUGCACAGAUCUUGACAGGUACUCAGAAUGAGACAGGACUUGAGCAGAUUCAGUAUCUUGAAGAUAAAUCUCGUUAUCAGCGUUCUGAAUAUAUUGAAGAGACUACAAAGCAAGCACCAAUAUUCACUACAUCUCUGAAGCACAUGGAGAUCAAAGAAGGCCAGAGGGCACACUUUGAAUGCCGCCUUAUACCUGUGUCAGAUCCCACAAUGAAAGUUGAAUGGUUCCACAAUAAUGUCCCAGUGAAGUCAGGUUCUCGAUUUACUGAGACAAAUAACUUUGGUUUUGUUGCAUUGGACAUAAUGUACUGCUAUCCAGAAGAUUCUGGGACAUACACAUGUCGCGCCAAGAAUAUUGUUGGUGAAGCUAUGACAUCUGCCAAUCUGACCUGUAUCUCAAAGAAAUCAAUUUAUAUGGAAACGCAACAUGAGGAAGCAUUAUCAAAACUGACAUAUUUGGAGGAUACGUCUCGUCAUCAGCGACAGACAGUCCAGGAAGAAGCUGUGACCCAGGCACCGAUGUUCACACAGCCAAUGAAGGAUGUCCGUGUAGCUGAAAAUCAGGCUAUGCACUUUGAGGCACGACUUAUACCUGUAGGAGAUCCGAAGUUACGCGUUGAGUGGCUUCGAAAUGGCGUUCCAAUUCAAGCAUCAAAUCGUGUGACAACUAUGCAUGAUUUUGGAUAUGUUGCACUGAACAUGAAGUAUGUUUACCCCGAGGACUCAGGCACCUACACUUGCCGUGCUAUCAAUGAACUUGGACAAGCAGUCACUUCAGCAACACUUGUUGUUCAUUCCAAAGCAUCGUUGCUUCUGGAGAGCCAACAUGAGGCUGCACUGCAGAAACUUCAGCAGCUUGAAGAUACAUCAAGGUAUCAACGGCGUGAAGAGGAGGAGAUUAUUGUAACUCAGCCACCAAAGUUUACAGCUCAACUUAAUGGACCCACAGAGCUAAUUGAAGGUCACAGUGCUCAUUACGAAUGCCGCAUUGAACCGUAUCCAGAUCCCAACAUGCGUGUUGAAUGGUUCCACAAUGGAAAACCACUACAACUAGGUCACCGUUUCCGGACUACUUAUGACUUUGGAUUUGCUGCACUUGAUAUACUUACUGUUUAUCCAGAAGAUUCCGGAGAAUACACUUGCAAAGCAACAAAUAAAUUGGGGCAGGCUUCAUCAUCCAUAAAAGUUAAUGUCAAAUCCCGUUCAUCAAUCAUUUUGGACACCCAACAUGAAGGCGCAUUGCAAAAGAUUCAGUAUCUGGAGGAUGAUUCCCGCUACAAACGUGCAGCUGUUGAAGAACAGGUGAUAGCUGAAAAACCACAAUUUGGACGGCCAUUACGAAAUAUUGAUCGAUUGCCUGAAGGACAGAGUGCUCACUUGGAGGCCACACUUACACCAGUUAAUGACCCUACAAUGCGUGUUGAGUGGUUCUGCAAUGGCAGACCCAUUCCUCAAGGUCAUCGUUUCAAGACAACUUAUGAUUUUGGAUAUGUGGCACUUGAUAUCCUGUAUGCAUAUGCUGAAGAUUCAGGCACAUAUAUGUGUAAGGCACGUAAUGCAGUUGGAGAGGCUGUUACUACAUGCUCUGUUACUGUUGAAGCUAAAUCUGGCCUCUACUUGGAUACUCUUGAUGAAAACCGCUUGAAGAAAAUAAAAGACCUGGAAACAUUUGAGAGGCCUCAAAAACCAGAAGUUGAACCUGAAAUGCAAAAGCCUGUGUUCAUUACUCCACUUGUCAGCUUAGAAAAUCUGAAGGAAGGUGAACAUGCUCAUUUGGAAUGUCGUGUGGAACCUAUAAAUGAUCCUAAUCUCAAGAUUGAAUGGUUUGUGAAUGGAAUUGCCAUAAAAACAGGUCACAGGUUCCGUACUACACAUGACUUUGGUUAUGUUGCUCUUGAUAUUCUGUACACAUAUGCAGAGGACUCUGGAACUUAUAUGUGUAAAGCAACAAAUUUGGUGGGAGAAGCUGUGAAUACUUGCCAGAUAACAGUUGGAGCUCGCCGUAGUAUCUAUUUAGAAUCUCAGCAUCCUGAAGGCUUACAGAAAAUCCAAGAACUUGAAGCACAAGGUCGGCCUGCUCGACUUGAAGUGGAGGAACCUGAAGUCACCCCGCCACGUUUUGUAACAGAACUUCGGGGCACAACAGAAAUAUUUGAAGGGCAGACAGCACACUUUGAAGCCCAAGUGGAACCUCUGCAUGAUCCAAAUCUACGUAUAGAGUUUUAUCACAAUGGUAAACCUCUUCCUUCAGCAUCACGCUUCCAUAUCACUUUUGAUUUUGGUUAUUUGGCACUUGACAUAACCCAUGCUGUUCCUGAAGAUGCUGGAGAAUAUACUGCCAAGGCCAUCAAUGCCCUUGGACAGUGCACUUCUACAAUUACUUUACGUGUGACAGCUAAAAGCAACAUUGUGCUCGAGUCCCAGCGACCAGAAGGAUUAGAUAAAAUUCGAGCCUUGGAGCAGCAUGUCCCAUACCAGAGGCCAGAGGUUCCAGAGCCAACUAGACAAAGGCCUGUGUUUACACAGCCAUUACAGAAUAUUGACUCUAUAGCGGAAGGGCAGACGGCUCACUUUGAAUGCAGACUGAUACCUGUGGGUGAUCCCACACUCAAAGUGGAGUGGUUCCGUAAUGAGAAACCCCUUGAAACAAGCUCAAGAAUUACGAAGACACAUGACUUUGGCUAUGUGGCAUUGGAUAUGACACAUGUUAGGGCUGAAGAUGAUGGUGUGUAUAUGUGCAGGGCUUCAAAUGCUCUUGGUGAAGCUGUGACAACAGCAUCUAUGAAAAUAAAAACAAAGGCGGACAUACAACUGGAAACUCAACAUCCUCAGGGCAUGAAACGAAUUCAGCAAUUAGAAGAAGGGAAAGCACCAGCACGGCCAGAACAACCAGAACGUGAAUUUGACAAACCCAUCUUCACACAAGUGCUCACAGGUCCAUCUGAACUGUGGGAGGGACAGCAUGCACAUUUUGAGUGUCGUGUUGUACCAGUAGGUGAUCCAAAUAUGCGAUUUGAGUGGUACAUUAAUGGGACAGAGCUGAAAUUAGGAUCUCGCUUCCAUGUCACACACGACUUUGGUUAUGUGAACUUGGAUAUUAACUCUGUCAUUAGUGAAGAUUCUGGAGUCUAUAUGUGUAAAGCCAUAAAUAAAGCUGGGGAAGCAGUGUCUUCAAUAUCACUGAAAGUAAAAACACGUUCAUCAAUUAUUGGAGAUACUCUUCAACCUGAUGCAUGGCAAAAGAUUCAGCUGAAAGAGGCAGAAAUGAAUAAAGUUCCUCCACAAUUUGUAGAUACAACACCUCAACAAGCACCUGUUUUCACAACUCAUUUGACCAGCCAUGAUAAACUCGUAGAAGGUCAAAAUAUUUUAUUGGAGGCACAAGUGGAGCCACGCACAGAUCCAAACCUUCGAGUUGAAUGGUUCAAGAAUGGAAAACCACUUGCUACUGGCACUAGACUUAGGACUACGUUUGACUUUGGCCAUGUCAGUUUGUCUGUCACUGGAUUACGAGCUGAUGAUUCAGCCAUUUACACCUGCAAAGCCACAAACUUACUGGGAGAGGCUGUAUCAACUUGUACUCUCAAAGUUGAAGAUCGACACUGGCUAUUAGCUGGAUCACUUCGUCCUGAGGCCUUACCAAAGAUUGAAGCUCUUGAAGAACCAAAGGCUGGUCGUCCUGAAGCUCCUGAGCCUACCUAUGAAUCACCAGUGUUUAUUACCCACUUGAAUAACGUUGUCUGUACUGAAGGCGAGAGUGUUCACUUUGAAUGCCACGUGGAACCUUCAAAAGAUCCAACACUCAAUAUCGAAUGGUUCAUAAAUGGCAAGCCAUUGCCCACUGGUGCUCGCUACAAAUCCACUUAUGAUUUUGGCUAUGUGGCUCUGGAUAUAAUUCAUGCUUAUGCAGAGGAUUCUGGUGUGUACAGCUGUAAAGCCACAAAUAGCAAGGGACAGGCUGCAACAUCAGGAACUCUGAAAUGCACAAGCAAGCAAGACAUCUUCUUGCAGACACAACAUCCACAGGGUGAAGCAGGCCUUGAGGCUGUGCGUGAGGCAGAAGGAGCAUACUUAUCAAAAUAUCAGAGGCAGCCUCUAGCUCCUGAAAAAGAUUAUCCAAAGCCAGUAUUUGUGGUGCCACUUCAAGAACAAGUAACACUGAAUGAAAAUGAAGCUUUGCAUGUUGAGUGUCAAGUUGAGCCCAAGGAAGAUCCAAAUCUCAAAGUUGAAUGGUUCUUCAAAGGAAAGCCUCUUGAACAUGCAACACGUUUCAAGACAACAUGUGACUUUGGCUUUGUCACACUUGAUUUGACUGAUGUUUAUGAAAGGGAUCAAGGAAUAUACACUUGUAAAGCAACCAAUUUAAAAGGAGAAGCAUUUACCUCCACAACAAUAUACUGCAAAGGGAAGGAGAGUCUAAUUGAACGUACACAGCACCCAAAAGGAGCUGAAGGUCUGGAAAAAAUCCAGGAUUUGGAAGAAUCACUGAGGAGGCAAGAAGGAGCUCCUCCAGAACCCGAGGAAGGCCAUCCGCCUGUCUUCACCUCACAGUUUCAGGAUCUCAAGAACCUUAGUGAGGGAGAGAUUGCACACUUUGAGGCUUCCCUUACCCCAGUUGGUGACCAGACUAUGACAGUAGAAUGGUUCUAUAAUGGAGAGGUAAUCAAAGCAAGUCACCGCAUUAGAACUGUACAUGCAUUUGGGAUGGUUGUCCUAGAGAUAUUAGGAACUAAAAUUGAAGAUUCCGGCACUUAUACUUGUAGAGCAACAAACAAAUGGGGCCGUGCCGAAAUCAGUGUUGAACUGGAAUGUGUUGACAAGUCAAAGGGUCAGAAACCACACUUUACAACACACAUUCAGAGUCUUGAGAAUCUGAAAGAAGGUGAAUCUGCUCAUUUUGAAUGCACACUAACACCUGUGGGAGAUCCUAACUUGAAAGUGGAAUGGUUUCACAAUGGCGAGCCACUGCGACACUCCUCCAGAAUCAAAUCAGUAUCUGAUUUUGGCUUUGUUGUGAUGGAUAUCUCAUAUGUCCAGAGCCACGAUACAGGGGAGUAUGUGUGCAGAGCGAGCAACAAGUAUGGGGAAGACUUUACAAGAGCAACCAUAAAAUGUUCUGGACGUGGUGGUGUGUAUUUGGACAGUCUGCAGCCUGAUGCACUUGCUCGCAUUCGUGAAAUGGAGCUCUCCCAGGGUGGGCAACCUCAGGCUCCAACCACUCCUGUUCUUGAACCACCUGUUUUUACCACACAUAUAUCAGAUGUCACAAACCUGGUUGAAGGGCAAAGUGCACACUUUGAGGCUCGUCUUACACCAGUCAAUGAUCCAAACCUCACAGUUGAGUGGUUUUACAACGGUAAAAAGCUCCCACAUGGCCAUCGUUACAGAACAUUCCAUGACUUUGGUAUUGUUAUUUUGGACAUCUUAUAUUGUUAUGAAGAGAACUCCGGAGUUUAUGAAUGCCGUGCAGUCAACAAAGUAGGCCAGGAUGUCACAAAAGCAACACUAAAAUGUGUAUCAAAGGCCAAUCUCAUCUUGGAUUCACAGUUGCCUCGAGGGAUGGAAGGUGGAUUGGAAAAAAUACAGAAUUUAGAAGAUUCACACUUAAAGAUGAGAGAUGAAAAAACUACAGAAACAAAAGGCCAAGCCCCUGUCUUUACAGUCCCUCUGUCAAAUGUUGACAACCUUCGAGAGGGAGAGAGUGCACAUUUUGAAGCCAGACUUAUUCCUACAGAUGACCCAAAACUCAAGGUUGAAUGGUUCUGGAAUGGAAAACCGCUAAGGACAGGGUCCAGGUUCCGUACAUUCUGUGACUUUGGAUUUGUGAUAUUGGAAAUUUCUCCAGUGUACCCAGAAGACUCUGGUGAAUACUCAUGUCGUGCCUUCAAUGACUAUGGGGAAGCUGUAACAACAGCAAGUAUGAAAGUGCAAGGAAAGAGGAGUAUCAUAUUAGAAUCUCAGUUGCCAAAAAGUAUGGAGCAUACUAUUGAGAAGAUUGCAGAACUGGAAGGUCUUGGAAGUGCUCCAGCUCCAGCCGCACCUGAGGAAGAUUCUGGAAAACCUCCAGAGUUCAUCACUACUCCAAGUGACCUGACACUAACUGAAAAUUCUUUGGCACACUUUGAAUGCCGUCUGAUUCCUAUCAAUGACCCCAGUAUGAGAGUAGAAUGGUUCCAUAAUGGAAAGCCUCUUUGGGCAGGGUCACGAAUCAAGACCAUAAAUGACUUUGGCUUUGUCAUACUUGAAGUUGCUGGUGUAUAUCAGAGAGAUUCUGGUCUUUAUACUUGUAAGGCCACAAACAAACACGGUGAGGCAACUGUAUCAUGUCAGCUGCAAGUCCGCAGUCGUCAGGGAAUCAUUCUUGAGCCACAAUUACCAACAAAUUUUAAAACGGGCACUGAAAGUAUCCAGAAGCUGGAGGAGGCGUUAUACAAGAAAGAUGAAAUAGUGACAGAAGAAGAGAAACCAAAUCCUCCCAGGUUCACUGUUGAAUUGAAGGAUGUACUCGACGUGCAAGAAGGAGCACCGAUCCAUUUCGAGUGCCGUGUAGAACCGGUCGGCGAUCCUACGAUGCGUAUCGACUGGUUCCAUAAUGGUCGACCAUUUGCCACGGGCUCUAGAGUCCAUAUGCUUAAUGAUUUUGGCUUUAUUGUUCUUGACAUGGAUUACACAUAUGCCAGAGACUCUGGUGAAUACGUGUGCUGUGCCACCAACAAGUGGGGGUCAGCAACAACGAAAGCUACACUCACUUGUAAAGCAAAACGAGACGUUGUGUUGGAAUCACAGUUGCCACAAGGAAUAAGUGGUGAAAAGUUGAAGGAACUGGAGAGAGGACCACUGACAGAGGCUCUCCCUGAAGAGGCGCCAGCAUCACCUCCGAAGUUCAUAACUCAGAUCACAUCAGUGGGCAUUGGUGAAGGUGAACCUGUCCACUUUGAGUGUCGUGUGGAGCCCCGAACAGAUCCAAAGUUACGAGUGGAAUGGUAUCGUAAUGGGAAACCGUUGCCAUCUGGACACCGCUUCCGUACAGUCUAUGAUAUGGGCUUCGUAUCCCUCGAUAUAUUGUACACCUAUCCUGAGGACUCGGGUGAAUAUGUGUGUCGUGCUGUCAAUGACCUUGGAGAAGAUACAACAAAGGCAACAGUGUCUUGCAAAAAGCUGCCAACAAUCAUUCUACAGAACCAGGUUCCUAAGGGAAUGAAAAAGUCUGAAGCCCUUAUGCAGAUGGAAGCCACCAUAAAGAAAUACACAUCAGAAAUUCAUUUGACAGAGGAUGAUCUUUAUGAUCCUGAUAAAAAGCAACCACCAAGAUUUGUGACCCAGAUACAAGAUCAGACAACACUAGUUGAAAUGCAAACUACAAAGUUUGAGUGCCAGCUGGCACCUGUUGGAGACCCAAACAUGAAAGUUGAGUGGUUUCUGAAUGGAAAACCACUUCCUCACAAAAACCGUUUCACACCAAUCUAUGAUUUUGGCUAUGUAGCCAUGAAUUUUGGGUGGGUGUAUCCUGAGGAUAGUGGCGAAUACUUGUGCAGAGCAACCAAUCUGUACGGUAUGGACGAGACUCGUGCUGUAAUCAGAACUGCUGGGAAACCUGGCAUUAUCUAUGAAUCUCAGUUACCAAAGGGAAUGAAGAGCAUUGAACGUAUACGUGAAAUGGAGGCAGCUUGGCAAAUAGCACCUGAAGAACCAGAAGAAGAAACAAAACCUCGUUCUGCACCAGUUUUUGUUACAAAACCUGAACCAUACACUACUGUUGAAGGAGAACCUGCAAGAUUCUGUUGCCGAGUUACUGGACAUCCCCGUCCAAGGCUUAUGUGGGUUGUUAAUGGGCAAACUGUCGUUAAUGGUACUCGCUACCGACUGACGUAUGAUGGUAUGUGGCACUUGGAUAUUCCCAAGACACGACAAUAUGACCAUGGCAAGAUUGAGAUUAUUGCUCGCAACUCAGUGGGAGAAGCAAUAGCUACUACGGAACUUACUGUGAAAGCACGUAUGGAUGAUUACCGUGGAGUACUAAAGAACUCACCACGACCAUGGUAUGACUAUGAUCUCACUCAGUAUCAGAAAGAGCGCAUUGAACUGGAAAGGGCUCAGCUCCAACAUGUGGACAUCAGUGAACAUCAGAAGAAAGUUUCUACUGAGACUGAAACUGAAUGGCAGCAAACAGUAAAGAAGAAGAAGGGUGAAGAUUAUUAUUCCAAACUGAAAGAGCUUGAAGAAGAGCAAGUAAUCAAGGAAACUCGUUUGCGGGAAGCAUCACAUCAAUUUGCUAUACCUGGAGAAAAAGUUGUGGCCAAAACAGUAGCCAAGGGAAUGGCUCAGAGCUAUGAGCAAAAACUAGAUGAAAAAGAAGAAGAAAAACCAGCCUGGGUAACGUCUCGACGACCAACUAAACAUACAUCAGAAACAGUUGUUGAUUCCAAAACAAUUCCGAGUUUGCCACCUGAGCCAUCAGAGUCAGCUAUUCAUGCACGAGAAGUGCAUGUAGCCAAACAAAAACAAACACAGAAAGAGGUCAAGGGAGAUGUGGAAAUUACACGGAAGAUUACAGCCACAGAAACAACUGAAGUUGAGCAUAAGGCAAAAACACAAGAACGAGUUGUCCAAGGGCCUGUUAAACCUGCUAAGCCUCCAUUUUUCACCAAGAAGAUACAGCCUGUCAGAGUAUUUGAGCAAGAGCAGGCUAGAUUUGAAGUUGAAUUUGAUGGUGAUCCACUUCCAACAAUAAAAUGGUUCAGGGAGGAUUUCCCAAUCCAGAGCUCGGCCGAUCUUCAAAUACACACAUUUGGAACAAAGUCAGUUCUCAUCUUGAGACAAGUGUUUAUGGAAGAUUCUGGUGUGUUCAGGGUUGUAGCUGAAAAUCGUGGAGGAGUUGCUAAGUGCAGUGCAAAUCUAGUAGUUGAGGAAAAGCGACGCCAAGGACGAGGUGGUGUUGUGCCUCCAAGUUUCCUUACUACUAUUGAAAGCAGUGUUGUAAAUUCUGGAACACUUGUGCGAUUUGAUGCUCGUAUAGCGGGCACACGACCUAUUGAUGUCUAUUGGUUAAAGAAUGGCAAACGCAUACCAUCAUCAGAUAUUCGAUACAAGACAUUGGAAGAAGAUAGUGUGAAUACCCUGUUGAUUAUUGAGGCUAUACCAGAGGAUUCUGGAACUUAUGAAUGUGUGGCAAUCAACAGUGCUGGUGAAGCACGUUGUGAGGCUGAAUGUCAGGUUCGGUCACCCACACAACAGAAACAACAGCAGCAACAGCAACAACAACAACAACAACAACCAGCAGGAAAUGUAGCACCAGCAAUUAUUGAACCACUAAAGGGACAGGUCGUGAAAGAGGGACAGCCUGUUACAUUUCAGUGCCGAAUUUCUGGCAAACCAGCUCCACAGAUAAAGUGGCAAAAGGCUGACACUGUCAUUAAGCCAUCAAAAUACUUCCAGAUGCAUAAAGAUAAUGACAUAUACACUCUGAAGAUAUCAGAAGCUUUCCCUGAAGAUGAGGGUACCUAUAAAUGUAUUGCUUCUAACCCUGUUGGAUCUGUAACUCUCUCCGCACAGCUGAAAGUUCAAGCUCCUGACUCACAAGAAGUCAUGCCUACCAUUACACCACUGCGAGAUGUCACUGUACCAGAGGGAAGCUCAGCACAGUUCAGGACAAAAGUAACAGGAAAACCAGUGCCAACUAUACAGUGGUUCCGUGAAGGAGUUCUCAUACCACAGUCGGCAGAUUUUCAAAUGAUACAGGAUGGCGACAACAGAGUGCUGCUCAUCACUACAACAUACGAGGAGGAUUCAGGAACUUUUACAUGCAGGGCAACUAACUCUGCUGGGCAGGUUGAGUCAUCUGCUAAGCUGAUCGUCAAAAGUAAGAAUUGCAAAGAUGCAUAUUUAAUGAAUACAAUAUAUGUACUCAUAUUACACCAAAAACAGACAACAUGUGGCGUGUCGGUGCAUUAUGGCUUUGCAGGACGGAGAGAUGUUUCAACAGUCCAUCCAGGCUCAGGAGCACCAAAAAUACCACAUCCUGGAUAUUCUUCUAGUCAUCAUGGUUCAAUCCCGAAAACUGGUGGGAUGUCAGGAGAUGGUCAAGAAGCAGAUGCUGACGGUAGUGGUGCUGGACAUGAUUAUAUACAGGAGGAUUCAUACGAUGCAGUCCAGUUACCAGUUGGCGAUGAGACGCUGCCGUGGAGGAAACCCAGGCGUAAGCAGCUUUUUCCCGUGCACCCAUCACAAACCACAGUUCCCUGGACACAGGAGAAAAUACAGCUAAAAAGAACUGCUCAGCACCGGAGGAGUAUUGAUAAAGAGCAUCUUGAGGAAGUACAGUUGAAAACUGUCAGUUGGGGGGUACAGCUUAAAAAGAAAGUUCGGCAGGAUAUAGAUAUUAGAAGUGAAAGACCUGAAGAACAAUAUAGCAGGACUGACACUGAUGAUUCGCUGUACGGUGUUAUGGACAAGACAACGGGAAUAGAGCAGAUAGCCACAGAAGAAGAUUCAACAAUUUUACAUUUGGACCAAAGGAAAGAAACACUUGAAGAAAGACAAAAGACACCACAUUUGCCAAAGAAAGAGGAUCAAAGAAGGAAGCACAUAAAAAAAGAUAGCAGAAUAACAGUGACAGAAGAAGAUGAUGUGACACUAUUAGGAGUGCAACAAGAGAGAGAAAGGACAGAAAGAUUCUUUCGAAAAGGAAAACCUUCAGACAAGACAUUGCCAGCAGACAUGUUGGAUGAUAAUGAUACAAAAAGGAGUCCACUAGUGACAGACUUGACAAAAGAUGAUAAAAAUGCAGAAAAAUCAACAGUACCAUGGAGAACCAAGAAACCAGAAAGCUUGAAAGGAUAUACACAUGAUGUGCACCAGAAAGUUGACAUUGUUCCUGAAGAGGCAUCACUUGAACCAAAGCCUGAGGCACCAGUACAAGAGCAGGUAUCACAUUUACCAUGGGUACGAGGAAAGAAACCUAAACAACCUGAUCAGGAGAAAGAGAAGAUAAUGUUGAAACCAGUGAAAAAGGAUAUUCCAGAGAAGAGAGACGAAAAGGAAGUAGUACAGUUGAAGCCUGUACAGAGACAUAAACCAACAGCAGAAGUAGAAGACAAAAUAAUGUUGAAACCUGUGAAGAAGGACACAAAGGAAGUAUUCAAAGAAGAGGAAUCUCUUCCAAGGGAAGUGCCUAAAGGAGACACAACUGUAGAAAAACCAAAAGAAGUCAAAAGUAUAAAGAAACCAGAAAGUCUGAAAGAGGCUCCAUGUGAUGUGGAAGAGAAAGCAGACAUAGUUCCAGAAGGAGUGUCUGUUGAGGAAAAGCCUGAGGUACCAGAGGAAGAUCAGGUAUCGCGCUUACCGUGGGUACGAGGAAAGAAGCCUAAACAACCUGUUCAGGAGAAAGAGGAAAUUACUUUGAAACCAGUGAAGAAGGGUAUUCCAGAGAAGAUAGAAGAAAAGGAAAUAGUACAGUUGAAGCCUGUACAGAGACAUAAACCAACAGCAGCAGAAGAGGAUGAAAAAAUGCUGAAACCUGUGAAGAAGGACACAAAGGAAAUAAGCAAAGAAGAGGAAUCUCUUCCAAGGGAAGUGCCUAAGGGAGAGACAACUGAAGAAAAACCAAAAGAGAUCAAAAGCAUAAAGAAACCAGAGAGUCUGAAAGUGGUUCCACGUGAUGUGGAAGAGAAAGCAGACAUAGUUCCAGAAGGAGUCUCUGUUGAGGAAAAGCCUGAGGUACCAGAGGAAGAUCAGGUAUCGCGCUUACCGUGGGCACGAGGAAAGAAGCCUAAACAACCUGUUCAGGAGAAAGAGGAAAUUACUUUGAAACCAGUGAAGAAAGGUAUUCCAGAGAAGACAGAAGAAAGAGAAAUUGUACAGUUGAAGCCUGUAGAGAAACAGAAACCAAUGGCAGAAGAAAAAGACAAAAUAAUGCUGAAACCUGUGAAGAAGGAUGAAAAAGAAAUAACAAAAGGAGAGGAAACUCUUCCAAGGGAAGUGCCUAAAGGAGACAUAAUUCCAAAAAAACCAAAAGAGAUCGAAAUUGUAAAGAAGCCAAAGAGUAUGACAGAGGUACCACGUGAUAUGGAAGAGGAAGCAGACAUUGCUCCAGAAGGAGUGUCAAUUCCAGAAAAGCCUGAAGCACCAGAGCAAGAGGAGGUGUCGCGUGUACCAUGGGUACGAGGAAAGAAACCUAAACAACUGGUUCAGCAGAAAGAAGAGAUCACUUUGAAACCAGUGAAGAAGGAUAUUCCAGAGAAGAUAGAAGAAAAGGAAAUAGUACAGUUGAAGCCUGUACAGAGACAUAAACCAACAGCAGAAGAAGAAGAUAAGAUAGUGCUGAAACCUGUGAAGAAGGAGACACAGGAAGUAAUUAGAAAAGAGGAGUCUACCGAAAUGGAGGUGACUGAAGAAGAUACAACUGUAGAAAAAUCAAAAGAGAUAAAGAGAGUCAAAAAACCAAAGAGCUUGAAAGAGGCACCACAGGAUGCGGAAGAGAAACCAGAGAUGGUUCCAGAAAGACUACCUGCUAAGGAAAAGCCUGAGGCACCAGAACAAGAUCAGGUAUCGCAUUUACCAUGGGUACGAGGAAAGAAACCUAAACAACCUGAACAGGAGAAAGAAGAGAUUACUUUGAAGCCAGUGAAGAAGGAUAUUCCAGAGAAGAUAGAAGAAAAGGAAAUAGUACAGUUGAAGCCUGUACAGAGACAUAAACCAACAGCAGAAGAAGAAGAUAAAAUAGUGCUGAAACCUGUGAAGAAGGAGACACAGGAAGUAAUUAGAAAAGAGGAGUCUACCGAAAUGGAGGUGACUGAAGAAGAUACAACUGUAGAAAAAUCAAAAGAGAUAAAGAGAGUCAAAAAACCAAAGAGCUUGAAAGAGGCACCACAGGAUGCGGAAGAGAAACCAGAGAUGGUUCCAGAAAGACUACCUGCUAAGGAAAAGCCUGAGGCACCAGAACAAGAUCAGGUAUCGCAUUUACCAUGGGUACGAGGAAAGAAACCUAAACAACCUGAACAGGAGAAAGAAGAGAUUACUUUGAAGCCAGUGAAGAAGGAUAUUCCAGAGAAGAUAGAAGAAAAGGAAAUAGUACAGUUGAAGCCUGUACAGAGACAUAAACCAACAGCAGAAGAAGAAGAUAAAAUAGUGCUGAAACCUGUGAAGAAGGAGACACAGGAAGUAAUUAGAAAAGAGGAGUCUACCGAAAUGGAGGUGACUGAAGAAGAUACAACUGUAGAAAAAUCAAAAGAGAUAAAGAGAGUCAAAAAACCAAAGAGCUUGAAAGAGGCACCACAGGAUGUGGAAGAGAAACCAGAGAUGGUUCCAGAAAGACUACCUGCUAAGGAAAAGCCUGAGGCACCAGAACAAGAUCAGGUAUCGCAUUUACCAUGGGUACGAGGAAAGAAACCUAAACAACCUGAACAGGAGAAAGAAGAGAUUACUUUGAAGCCAGUGAAGAAGGAUAUUCCAGAGAAGAUAGAAGAAAAGGAAAUAGUACAGUUGAAGCCUGUACAGAGACAUAAACCAACAGCAGAAGAAGAGGAUAAAAUAGUGCUGAAACAUGUGAAGAAGGAGACACAGGAAGUAAUUAGAAAAGAGGAGUCUCUUGCAAUGGAGGUGACUGAAGAAGAUACAAUUGUAGAAAAAUCAAAAGAGAUAAAGAAAGUCAAGAAACCCGAGAGCUUGAAAGAGAUGCCACAUGAUGUGGAAGAGAAACCAGAGAUGGUUCCAGAAAGAUUAUCUGUUGAGGAAAAACCUGAGGCACCAGAGCAAGAUGAGGUAUCACAUUUACCAUGGGUACGAGGAAAGAAACCUAAACAACCUGUUCAGGAGAAAGAAGACAUUACUUUGAAGCCAGUGAAGAAGGAUAUUCCAGAGAAGAUAGAAGAAAAGGAGACAGUUCAGUUGAAGCCUGUACAGAGAUAUAAACCAACAGCAGCAGAAGAGGAUGAGAUAAUGCUGAAACCUGUGAAGAAGGACACAAAGGUAAUAAGCAAUGAAGAGGAAUCUCUUCCAAGGGAAGUGCCUAAAGAAGACACAACUGUAGAAAAACCAAAACAGCUCAAAAGUAUAAAGAAACCAGAGAGUCAGAAAGAGGUUCCACGUGAUGUGGAAGAGAAAGUAGACAUAGUUCCAGAAGGAGUGUCUGUUGAGGAAAAGCCUGAGGUACCAGUGGAAGAUCAGGUAUCGCGCUUACCGUGGGCACGAGGAAAGAAACCUAAACAACCUGUUCAGGAGAAAGAGAAAAUUACUUUGAAACCAGUCAAGAAAGAUAUUCCAGAGAAGAUAGAAGAAAGAGAAAUUGUACAAUUGAAGCCUGUAGAGAAACAGAAACCAAUGACAGAAGAAAAAGACAAAAUAGGGCUAAAACCUGUGAAGAAGGAUGAAAAGAAAAUAACAAAAGAAGAGGAAACUCUUCCAAGGGAAGUGCCUAAAGAAGACAUAAUUCCAGAAAAACCAAAAGAGAUUGAAAUUGUAAAGAAGCCAAAGAGUAUGACAGAGGUACCACGUGAUGUGGAAGAGGAAGCAGACAUUGCCCCAGAAGGAGUGUCAGUUCCGGAAAAGCCUGAAGCACCAGAACAAGUAGAGGUAUCGCGUGUACCAUGGGUACGAGGAAAGAAACCUAAACAACCGGUUCAGCAGAAAGAAGAGAUCACUUUGAAACCAGUGAAGAAGGAUAUUCCAGAGAAGACUGAAGAAAAGGAAAUAGUACAGUUGAAACCUGUACAGAGGCAUAAACCAACAGCAGAAGAAGAGGAUAAAAUAGUGCUGAAACCUGUGAAGAAGGAGACACAGGAAGUAAUUAGAAAAGAGGAGUCUACCGAAAUGGAGGUGACUGAAGAAGAUACAACUGUAGAAAAAUCAAAUGAGAUAAAGAGAGUCAAAAAACCAAAGAGCUUGAAAGAGGCACCACAGGAUGCGGAAGAGAAACCAGAGAUGGUUCCAGAAAGACUAUCUGUUGAGGAAAAGCCUGAGGCACCAGAGCAAGAUCAGGUAUCGCAUUUACCAUGGGUACGAGGAAAGAAACCUAAACAACCUGUUCAGGAGAAAGAAGAGAUUACUUUGAAGCCAGUGAAGAAGGAUAUUCCACAGAAGACAGAAGAAACAGAAACUGUACAGUUGAAACCUGUACAGAGACAUAUACCAAAAGCAGAAGAAGAAGACAAGUUAGUGCUGAAACCUGUGAAGAAAGACACAAAAGAAGUAUUCAAAGAAGAGGAAUAUCAACCAAGGGAGUUGGCUAAAGAAGACACAACUGCAGAAAAACCAAAAGAGACCAAGAAAGUAAAGAAACCAGAGAGCUUAAAAGAGACUCCACAUGAUAUGGAAGAAAAAGCUGACAUUGUUCCAGAGAAAGUAUCUGAUGAGGAAAAGCCUGAGGCACCAGAUCAAGAUCAGGUAUCUCAUGUACCAUGGGUACGAGGAAAGAAACCUAAACAACCUGUUCAGCAGAAAGAAGAGAUCACUUUGAAACCAGUGAAAAAGGAUAUCCCAGAGAAGGCAGAAGAAAAGGAAAUAGUACAGUUGAAACCUGUACAGAGACAUAAACCAACAGCAGAAGAAGAGGAUAAAAUAGUGCUAAAACCUGUGAAGAAGGAGACACAGGAAGUAAUUAGAAAAGAGGAGUCUCUUGCAAUGGAAGUGACUGAAGAAGAUGCAAUUGUAGAAAAAUCAAAAGAGAUAAAGAAAGUCAAGAAACCCAAGAGCUUGAAAGAGACGCCACAAGAUGUGGAAGAGAAACCAGAGACGGUUCCAGAAAGACUAUCUGUUGAGGAAAAGCCUGAGGCACCAGAGCAAGAUCAAGUAUCGCAUUUACCAUGGGUACGAGGAAAGAAAUCUAAACAACCUCUUCAGGAGAAAGAAGAGAUUACUUUGAAGCCAGUGAAGAAGGAUAUUCCACAGAAGACGGAAGAUACAGAAAUUGUACAGUUGAAACCUGUACAGAGACAUAAACCAAAAGCAGAAGAACAAGACAAGUUAGUGCUGAAACCUGUGAAGAAAGACACAAAGGAAGUAUUCAAAGAAGAGGAAUAUCAACCAAGGGAGUUGGCUAAAGAAGACACAACUGCAGAAAAACCAAAAGAGACCAAGAAAGUAAAGAAACCAGAGAGCUUAAAAGAGACUCCACAUGAUAUGGAAGAAAAAGCUGACAUUGUUCCAGAGAAAGUAUCUGAUGAGGAAAAGCCUGAGGCACCAGAUCAAGAUCAGGUAUCUCAUGUACCAUGGGUACGAGGAAAGAAACCUAAACAACCUGUUCAGCAGAAAGAAGAGAUCACUUUGAAACCAGUGAAGAAGGAUAUCCCAGAGAAGGCAGAAGAAAAGGAAAUAGUACAGUUGAAACCUGUACAGAGACAUAAACCAACAGCAGAAGAAGAGGAUAAAAUAGUGCUGGAACUUGUGAAGAAGGAGACACAGGAAGUAAUUAGAAAAGAGGAGUCUCUUGCAAUGGAGGUGACUGAAGAAGAUAAAAUUGUUGAAAAAUCAAAAGAGAUCAAGAAAGUUAAGAAACCCAAGAGCUUGAAAGAGAGGUCACAAGAUGUGGAAGAGAAACCAGAGAUGGUUCCAGAAAGACUAUCUGUUGAGGAAAAGCCUGAGGCACCAGAGCAAGAUCAGGUAUCGCAUUUACCAUGGGUACGAGGAAAGAAACCUAAACAACCUGUUCAGGAGAAAGAAGAGAUUACUUUGAAGCCAGUGAAGAAGGAUAUUCCACAGAAGACAGAAGAAACAGAAACUGUACAGUUGAAACCUGUACAGAGACAUAUACCAAAAGCAGAAGAAGAAGACAAGUUAGUGCUGAAACCUGUGAAGAAAGACACAAAAGAAGUAUUCAAAGAAGAGGAAUAUCAACCAAGGGAGUUGGCUAAAGAAGACACAACUGCAGAAAAACCAAAAGAGACCAAGAAAGUAAAGAAACCAGAGAGCUUAAAAGAGACUCCACAUGAUAUGGAAGAAAAAGCUGACAUUGUUCCAGAGAAAGUAUCUGAUGAGGAAAAGCCUGAGGCACCAGAUCAAGAUCAGGUAUCUCAUGUACCAUGGGUACGAGGAAAGAAACCUAAACAACCUGUUCAGCAGAAAGAAGAGAUCACUUUGAAACCAGUGAAAAAGGAUAUCCCAGAGAAGGCAGAAGAAAAGGAAAUAGUACAGUUGAAACCUGUACAGAGACAUAAACCAACAGCAGAAGAAGAGGAUAAAAUAGUGCUAAAACCUGUGAAGAAGGAGACACAGGAAGUAAUUAGAAAAGAGGAGUCUCUUGCAAUGGAAGUGACUGAAGAAGAUGCAAUUGUAGAAAAAUCAAAAGAGAUAAAGAAAGUCAAGAAACCCAAGAGCUUGAAAGAGACGCCACAAGAUGUGGAAGAGAAACCAGAGACGGUUCCAGAAAGACUAUCUGUUGAGGAAAAGCCUGAGGCACCAGAGCAAGAUCAAGUAUCGCAUUUACCAUGGGUACGAGGAAAGAAAUCUAAACAACCUCUUCAGGAGAAAGAAGAGAUUACUUUGAAGCCAGUGAAGAAGGAUAUUCCACAGAAGACGGAAGAUACAGAAAUUGUACAGUUGAAACCUGUACAGAGACAUAAACCAAAAGCAGAAGAACAAGACAAGUUAGUGCUGAAACCUGUGAAGAAAGACACAAAGGAAGUAUUCAAAGAAGAGGAAUAUCAACCAAGGGAGUUGGCUAAAGAAGACACAACUGCAGAAAAACCAAAAGAGACCAAGAAAGUAAAGAAACCAGAGAGCUUAAAAGAGACUCCACAUGAUAUGGAAGAAAAAGCUGACAUUGUUCCAGAGAAAGUAUCUGAUGAGGAAAAGCCUGAGGCACCAGAUCAAGAUCAGGUAUCUCAUGUACCAUGGGUACGAGGAAAGAAACCUAAACAACCUGUUCAGCAGAAAGAAGAGAUCACUUUGAAACCAGUGAAGAAGGAUAUCCCAGAGAAGGCAGAAGAAAAGGAAAUAGUACAGUUGAAACCUGUACAGAGACAUAAACCAACAGCAGAAGAAGAGGAUAAAAUAGUGCUGGAACUUGUGAAGAAGGAGACACAGGAAGUAAUUAGAAAAGAGGAGUCUCUUGCAAUGGAGGUGACUGAAGAAGAUAAAAUUGUUGAAAAAUCAAAAGAGAUCAAGAAAGUUAAGAAACCCAAGAGCUUGAAAGAGAGGUCACAAGAUGUGGAAGAGAAACCAGAGAUGGUUCCAGAAAGACUAUCUGUUGAGGAAAAGCCUGAGGCACCAGAGAAAGAUCAGGUAUCACAUUUACCAUGGGUGCGAGGAAAGAAACCUAAACAACCUGAACAGGAGAAAGAAGAGAUUUCAUUGAAGCCGGUGAAGAAGGAUAUUCCAGAGAAGACAGAAGAAACAGAAAUUGUACAAUUGAAACCUGUACAGAGACAUAUACCAAAAGCAGAAGAAGAAGACAAGUUAGUGCUGAAACCUAUGAAGAAGGACACAAAGGCAGUAUUCAAAGAAGAGGAAUCUCAACCAACGGAGUUGGCUGAAGAAGACUCAACUGCAGAAAAACCAAAAGAGACCAAGAAAGUAAAGAAACCAGAGAGCUUAAAAGAGACUCCACAUGAUAUGGAAGAAAAAGCUGACAUUGUUCCAGAGAAAGUAUCUGAUGAGGAAAAGCCUGAGGCACCAGAUGAAGAUCAGGUAUCUCAUGUACCAUGGGUACGAGAAAAGAAACCUAAACAACCUGUUCAGCAGAAAGAAGAGAUCACUUUGAAACCAGUGAAGAAGGAUAUCCCAGAGAAGACAGAAGAAAAGGAAAUAGUACAGUUGAAACCUGUACAGAGACAUAAACCAACAGCAGAAGAAGAGGAUAAAAUAGUUCUAAAACCUGUGAAGAAGGAGACACAGGAAGUAAUUAGAAAAGAGGAGUCUCUCGCAAUGGAGGUGACUGAAGAAGAUACAAUUGUAGAAAAAUCAAAAGAGAUAAAGAGAGUCAAGAAACCAAAGAGAUUGAAAGAGGCACCACAGGAUGUGGAAGAGAAACCAGAGAUGGUUCCAGAAAGAUCUGUUGAGGAAAAGCCUGAGGCACCAGAGAAAGAUCAGGUAUCGCAUUUACCAUGGGUUCGAGGAAAGAAACCUAAACAACCUGAACAGGAGAAAGAAGAGAUUUCAUUGAAGCCGGUGAAGAAGGAUAUUCCAGAGAAGACAGAAGAAAAGGAAAUUGUACAGUUGAAACCUGUACAGAGACAUAAACCAAAAUCAGUAGAAGAAGACAAGUUAGUGCUGAAACCUGUGAAGAAGGACACAAAGGAAGUAUUCAAAGAAGAGGAAUCUCUUCCAAGGGAGUUGGCUAAAGAAGGCACAACUGCAGAAAAACCGAAAGAGACCAAGAAAGUAAAGAAACCAGAGAGCCUUAAGGACACUCUACAUGAUACGGAAGAGAAAGCCUACUCUGUUCCAGAAGGAGUAUCUGUUGAGGAAAAGCCUGAGGCACCAGAUCAAGAUCAGGUAUCGCAAGUACCAUGGGUACGAGGAAAGAAGCCUAAACAACCUGUUCAGGAGAAAGAGGAGAUUAUUUUGAAACCAGUGAAGAAGGAUAUUCCAGUGGAGACAGAAGAAAGAGAAAUUGUACAGUUGAAGCCUGUUGAGAAACCGAAGCCAACAGCCGAAGACUUGGAAAGAAUUACCCUUAAACUUGAACCAGCAGUGGAGAAACAAAAACCAUUAGAGAAACUUGUAUCUGAAAGGGAAGUACCUUUAAUUCCAAGUAAUGAGGAAUCUCCCUUACAAGAUAGUAAGGAGAUCACCAAAGUACCUUGGCGACGUGGAAAGAAACAUGAGGCACCUGAACUGGAAAAGGAGGAAAUUACUUUGAAACCUGUCAAAAAGAGUGUUCCUGAGAAAACCGAUGAUAGGAAAGAAUUGCGAUUGAAGCCUGUACCUAGAGAGAAACCAUCAGUAGAUGAGGUACAGGAAGUUAUGCUAAAACCUGUGAAGAAGGACGAAAAAGAAGUAAUUACAGAGAAACAGGGUGUAACUAUAAAAGAAGUAGGAGAAAACCAAAUAGGGGAAGAAAAAAAUUUGCAGGAGCUGAAAUCAGAAGAGUUGCCUAAGGAUGACACUCCUACCAAAAAACCCAGUGUACCUUGGAGAAAAAAGAAACCAGUGCCUAUGAAGGAGGCUCCACUUGAUGUGGAGGAAUUAACGGACACUGCUCCAGAAGUGUCUAAAGUUACCAUGACUCCUGAUAUGCCUAAACUUGCAGAUGCUCCAGAUAUUUUAAAGGAAGUUCUAGAUGAGAAACCAAUGCUACUUCCUGUAAGACUGAUUGAUGAACAAGAUGAGAUGAUGAAAGAUUUAGUAUCUGUAGGUGAAAUUGCCUUGGCAAAACCCAAAGCUGUGCACCCUUCAGAUAAAGAGAAAUUACUGUCUGAGAGCGUGCAGGUGGAAGCUACUACAGAAACUCUUGAUUGGCACAAAGACAUUAAGGUGGAUACUUUUUCCAGAAAGAAAGUUCCUGAAGAAUCCCGACCCACAAUUCUUUCUGAUAGUACACCAUUAAGUGAAUUGGAAAUUGUGUCUCAGAAGCGGGUGACUGAUAGCGUGUUGAAGAUUCCAGAGGAACCCAUUCAAGACGUGGAAAAUCUUGAUGUUCAUCACACAGUCAGUCAGACAGUGGUACAAAAGACAGUCACAGAAGCCACUAAAAGUAUUUCAAAAGCUGUACCCCCAAGAUUUGUUAGAAAAUUGACACCUGCCAUGGUGGAACCAAACAAGAAAGCAACAUUUAUUUGUGAAGUUGAAGGAAAGCCUUUCCCUGAAUUGACUUGGUUUGUUAAUGAAAAACCGUUGCCUUUGUCAAAUCGCAUACAGACGUCAGUUCGUGAAAAAGUUGUGACACUUGAAAUAAGGGAUGUAUUUAAAGAAGAUGUUGGUAUUUAUUCCUGCCGUGCUUCAAAUCCUGCUGGUGUGGCUACAUCCGCAGCAAAUUUGAUCAUUUUGGAGAAACCAGAAAUGGGCAGGGCUCCUCAUUUUACUGAGCAACUGAAACCACUGUCAGCUGUUCCUGGACGUCCUGCUGAGCUGAAAUGUGUUGUUGUUGGUGAGCCUACACCUGAAGUAGUUUGGUUACGUGAUGGUCAGAAAGUGUUCUCUGGACCUGGCCAGGAAAUGUACUACAAUCCUGAAUCUGGAACUGCGAGUUUGAUUAUCAGUGAACCAACGGAACAUGAUGAAGCAGUGUACAGUGUACAAGCCAUUAACAAAUUUGGCCGAGCAGAAUGCCGAGCAAAUCUUGUACUUGGUAAACCAAUAGAAGCAAGACAGCCACAGUUUAUGAGGGCACCAUAUAUAACACGUCCCUUACAAGCCAUUGCUGCAGUAAAAGAUGAGCCUGUGGAGCUGAUGGCAGCAUUUGAAGGAGAACCUGUACCAAAAGCAAAGUGGUUUCGCAAUGGAAAGGAGGUGGUGGCUUCAGAGGGAAUUGAUAUUGUGAAAGAGACAAAACAUACUGUUUUACGUAUAGAAAAGAUAAACAAAACCAGUACUGGAAUGUAUGAAGUUCGUGCUAUAAAUCCAGUUGGAGAGGCCAAAACAUCUUGUUCUGUCACUAUCAGAGAAGAACAGCCUGAAAUGACUGAAGCAAGGCCACCAUCUUUCAUUAAGCCUCUACAGCCAAAGAUUGUAACUGUUGGAGAAGUUGUUAUUUUGGAGACUAUUGUAGAGUCAUACCCUACAUGUUCAUUCCAAUGGUUCCAUCUGUCUACUCCAGUGAAGUCAACAACAGAAACACGGAUUGUGACAGAAGCAAAUAAGUCAUUACUAGUUUUGCAAGAUGUUAAUGAACAACAGACAGGUAGUUAUACAUGUCGUGCAGAGAAUGUUGUUGGAUCAGUGACUUGCACAGCAACACUAUCUGUCAUACCUGAUGAGAAAUGGGAAGAUACUAUAGAGUUAGAGGCUCCACAUUUUGAACAGAAGUUAGUGCCAUUACGAGUCAUGGAUGGAGAACCAGUGCAACUCACUUGCAAGAUUGUUGGAAAACCAAUUCCAAAAGUUAUUUGGUAUCACAAAGGACUACCUUUGAAAGAAUCUAAGGGUGUUACAAUGUACCAAGACUCUGAAGGUGUAUGUAAAUUAGCAAUUUCAGAGGUUUUUCCAGAGGAUGCUGGACAGUACACUUGCCAGGCUAUCAACAAAGCAGGAGAAGCUGUUUGUGCUGCAUCACUUGUUGUUGAAGCUUAUGAAUACGUACCUGACUCUGAGAUUGCAACAACUGGAGUAUCUCUUGUUACAGGACAGAGUGGUUCAGAAGAAGAUCUUUUAGUAGAAAAGGAGACAAUCUCUGAAGUUUCUGAAAUGACAGAAUUGCAACAUGGGGAAGUGGGAAAAGCACCUCGGUUUGUUACUUACUUGCCAGAAACUGUGACCUCACGUGAUGGUGAACUUAUAAGACUGGAGGUCAAAGCAGAGGGAAUACCAAGACCAAAGAUUAGAUGGUACAAGCAAGGAAUAGAACUUACCCCUUCGAAGGAUUUUGAUGUUGAAGAUUUUGAGGAAGGUACUUCGGUCCUAACUAUACCAGAAGUUUUCCCUGACGAUGCGGGUGAGAUUCUAUGCGAAGCUCAGAAUGAUUUUGGCAUUGACACAACAGUUACUGAACUUGUUGUUGAAGGUAUUCUAGGUACAAAGGAAUAUCGAAAACCUGAAUGGGUGACACAGAUGGAACAACUAAAGGAGAAACUGAUGGGUAAUGGCCGUUCGGCCACUUUGCCUGUGCAUGAUGCUGUUGUACCGACUUGCAUGCCAUGCCUCACAAAUGCUAUGGAGUGUUCUGCUGCAGCAUCCCAUUCCCCUAAUCCACCUGGCUUUGCUCAUUUAGUCAUAUCCGACUACCUGAGUUCUCACCGACAUUCUAUCUCGGCAGCUAUAGAAGCGUUGAGUGCAGGUGGCGGAGCAGGAGCAGCGCUGCUCGCAUCGCCACCACUACACCUGACUGAACGACAAGAGAAAGAGGUUGUGGUGGUGGCAGCAGCAGCACUACAACAUGUGCCCGAUAGGAACAAUGAAACUGAACUGAAAAGGGCGUCGCGUAACCUGUCGGCAUCUUGUGAGGCACUUUGCAUACAGCAGACAGCCAGGAGGAAUUGCAAGAAUUUCUGUUGCUUGAAAGUAGGUGCUGUGGAGAGACAGAGGAAUGCCGUGGGCUUGCCUCUGCUUUCUCUGACAGUGAUGACAAUGAGCAUGGCUCUGCCAAAAUCGUGGCAGAGCACUGCUAGCAGGAAAAUUCUUGCAGAAGUUCAAAUAAACCCAACAAUAAUAUCACCUCUAGUCAUAGCUACCCAGAGUGCACCAACAUUUGUACAGGAAAUUAGGGACAACAGGGCUAAGGAAAUGGAAACAGUAACAUUUGAAUGUCAGUUCUCAGGGACUCCACUGCCUGAUAUAACCUGGUAUAAGAAUGGCAAAAUUCUUCGUAAUACAAGGAAUAUUCAAAUUAGAAUUAGAAACAACAAAACUACUUGUCAAAUACUAAAAGUAACCCCAGAAGAUGAAGGAACCUACAUCUGCAAAGCAGCUAGCGAAGUUGGAGUAGCUGAAACAAAAGCAGAAUUGUUUGUACAAGAAUUGACUCUUGAGGAGCGCCAAAAACUGGAAGUUAAGAAAGGCACAGAGCAGCAUGCAAAGAUAAAACUGGAGAGAGUAAAAAAACAGAAGAAGCCAAAAACAGAAGAAACUGUUGUCGACACAGUUUUUGAGACAGAGAGGAAAAGGGAAAUUGUGGACAUCCAUGAGACACAUGUUCUGGAAUCCACUGCACAGUUUGCAGAGAAAACAAAAAAGGUCACUGCACAGAAAGUCUUUCCAGUUCAAGAUUCAGUUGAGAUAUCUGCAAUUGCAUCAUGUAAAAAAGUUGAUGACACAAGUGAAAAACCCAUUCUGACAGAAGAAAAGGCAAAAGAAAUUGUUCCAGUUCAAGAAAGUGUUACAGUUUCUGAAGUGGAUGUUAAAGAUGAUGUGAAAUAUCUUAAGACACAGAAGACCAAAGUGACAGCUGAUACAAAAGUAAAUAUACAGGAGUCAGUAUCCAUUUCACAACUGAAAAGUGAAGAUAUGGUGAAAGAAUUUGAAGUAAAGCCCUUAGAGGAGCAGGCAGAUAGGAAGGUCAGUGUCCAAGAAUCUGUUAGUGUGUCUGAAGUUAUUACAGAAGACAGAGUCAUAGAUCUGAAAGAAACAAAACCAAAAGAAGAAGAAGCUGUGUUGAUGAAGCCUGUACAAGAGAGUUUCCUAGUAACUGAAACUCUGUCAGAGACUACUAUAACUGAAAUGAAAGAUGCAAAAACCAUGGAGAGUGCAGAAUACAAAGUGCCCAUUUUAGAACCCAUGGUUGUAUCUGAAAUACAGACUGAAACUACAGUUGAAGAAGUCAAAGACAAAAAACCCAAAAGUUAUCAAGCCAAGCCUGAUAAGAGUCCUGUACAGCAAGAAGUAGCAGAAAUUACUGAGGUUAAAGUAGAAAGGGCACCAGAGUUACAAAAGAAGAAAGAGCAAGUAUUGGUUGAAAAGGAAAAGAAGGAAGCUGAGGAAGUAGUGACAGAGAAAAAGGAAACAGAUAUUGUGAUGAAGAAGAAGACUGCUGUCAAAAAGAAAGAUCUCGAGGAAGAAGAAGAAAUUAUUGUCCAGCGUGCAUUGAAGACUAUGCAAAAGCUAGAAAGAUGGGAACGUGUGAAACAGGCACAGGAAGUAGAGGAGUUGCUACAUUUGAUUCCUGUUCAAGAAUUUGGACCAGAAAGUGAAAAACCUUUACGUGAACUGGCACGUGUUGGCUGGUUGCUACGGCGAGGGUUAAAUGUGCAAGAAGUAACGGCACUUCAUCGUGCUGGACACUUCCAGGAACUUCGCACACCAUUGGCUCAGUCUGCUCUCGUUUCUUUAGUGGAACGUCAAGGGCACGGAGUUCUGGUUUCACAAGCUCUUGCAGAGGAGGAUGAAGUCCAAGGGCCAGAAACAGCUGGCUUCCGUGCAUUUCUUCGCAUGAUUGAACUGGAAUAUGCCACUGUUGAACAAGCUGUUACUCUUUUUGCUCCUGAAGAUUUCCGCCCAGACUCGUGGGAAGUCCAAGAAGCUACAGAGGUUGUGGAGAAGACACAUAUAACACAACAGGCAGAAACUAUAAAACAAGCUGAAGUUCGUAUUGCUGAUGAGAAGAAAGUGACUAAGAAGAAGAAGACAAAGACUGAAGUUGAAAAAGAAGAAACAAUUGAAGAGAUAGACCAUGAACGGCGCACAGCAUCCAGGACUGCUGCAGAAAAACCACAACCUCAUGAACGACUAAUACCUAUAGAGGUGGAAAGGGAUGAGGGGGUACUGAUUACAGAAUUACCUACUGACCACCAAAUUACAAUAACUGAGCCCUCUCUUGCUAUUGUUACUCAACCAGCUGAAGAACUCGGUGUGCAGAAGACAAGAGCUGAAGAAGAAGAUAAAAAGUUUGAGGAGGAUGAAGAACUAAUUAUAAUUGAAGAAAGAAAGGGGGAGGGUAUCAGAAGCCAGCGGAGAAAGAAGGUCAUCAGACAGAAAUCCGAGGAAGAGGUUGAGGUGGAAAUACAGGUGGUAGGUGGCGAGAAAAGAAAGGUGAAGAAAAUAAUAAAAGCUACUCAACCAGACACAUCUGAAGAAAUGAUUGAUGAGGAAUAUUUGCAGGAAAUAAAACCAUUUGAGAAAGCUGUGCAGAAAGCUUUGCCCCUUUUAAGUACAAAACAAGUGUCAGAGACUGUACCGUCUGUGCAUAUUACGGAACUACAGACAGGAGUUGAGGAUCGUGGUGAGCAUGUAAAAGUGAACAUGUUGACUCUAAGCGCAGUAUCUGGAGAACAAGUGCUUGUGGAAGAACAUGAAGUUCCCACAAAAUCAGCAAAAUUUGAGGGUAUAAAAGCAUCUCAGCAAUUUGACACCAUUGAACCUUAUACUGUUACGGAAGCAGAUGUGCAUACUCGUGCACGAGAAUUCUCUGAUGUGUUCCAGCCACAGUCAUUUGAGGCUAGUGUAGCUAUUAUUCCACGAGAAGGUGUAGUUGUAAGUGAGAUGACUGUGCGUGCUGGAACUGGUGAGUUGGUGGAAUUGGCUGAAGGACAACAGAAGCAGGCAACCAUUGGUUUAACAUUGCAAGAAGCAACCAGUGUAAGUGAGACUGAAAUUUCAGUAAAAGAAGGUGACUUCACAGAUCUCAGAAAACCUCAGCAGAGGCAAGCAGAACAUAUUUUCUUACCAAAUGAAGGAAUAUCUGUAUUAGAAGUAACAGAGGGUACUUCUGAGAAUGUUCUUCAGAUUACCUCAAAGCCACUUCCUGUGAAACCUCGUGUUCAGGUACCAUCUGCAGAACCAUUGCUGGUUAGUGAGGUGUUUCCUGAGAUGAAACCAGGAAAAUAUCUGCCAGAAUCAUUUGUAGCAACAGAAAUGGCAAGUAAAAGUGUAGUGGCUCAACAUGGAAUCUCAGCUCUAGAAAUGCAUGCACCAGAGAAGGAAGGUGAGUAUGUGUCAGAUCGUCUCCCGCCAUCACAGAUAGCUGGAUCAGAAAUUACUCCAGGAGAGGCAUUACAGGUUUCACAGUCAGAUGUGCAGGAAGCUGAAGCCCCAUUGGCUGCAAAACAACAGCCAGAGACUGCCACAGCAGAAGAAGAUGUUACUCUUAUGCGAGGUAUUACUGUAAGCACUGUGGAAGCACAGCUGCAAGAGAAGGCCUUCAGGAGUGAUGAGCAUGAUGCCAAAAAAGCAGGUGUCUUGUUUAUGGAGAAUGAAUCUAUACAGGCAGCAUUCAUGACAGCAGUAGAAAGAGAGGCAGAACUUGCUCCAGAGGAGAAACCAGCUGAAAAAACUGCAGAACCUGUUCUCUCUUGUUUGGAAGCUGCUGAUGUAUCUGAAUCUCUUGUGCAGGAAGUGGAAGGUGAGCUUCUUGCAGACAAGUCACCACUAAAAGUUCAAGCUGAAGCUAGUGUCAGGCCAGAAGAACCACUUUCCAUAUUGGAGGUUUGCGCAGGACACGCAUCUGCUGAGCUGUCAGAGAGCUUAAGAUAUCGCACUGAUGAAGCAGUGUCUGUAUUUGAAACAACAGAAGCUAAGCAAGUAUCAGUGAUACUUGCACAAGAAAAAGAAAGUAUGCUACCUGACCUUCAGAAACCUCUACCAGCUCAGGGUGAAAAAUCAUUUUCACCACAGACAGGUCUAACUGUUGUGCAGACAGUGGCAGAGGAGUCAGAAGGAAUAUUUUUGGCAGCUGAACUGCCAGAAAGUCAUAGAGUGAAGACAUCACCAACUCAGCCUUUUCAGUCAAUUGUUAUUGAAGAAACUCUUGCACAAGGACAUGCAGGUCAUAUAGAAAGGGAUACACCAGCAUUAGGUAUUGCUAAAGCUGACAGAGAACUCCUUCGAGAGAUGAUUAUAGAGGAGGCUAUUACAGGUGAAGGUCUGCAGUCGUACAAGGAAGCAAUGAAACCAGAUAGUAAACAAGCAGGCAUUACAGUUCUACAAGAAGAGAGCUUAACUGUUACUGAGGUGGUUACAGAAGACAAAGAAGCUGGGUAUACAAAGCCCACAAUGCCAACUGAAUGCUUUGCUCUUCCAGAAAUAAAAGGCCAAAAGGUGGCAAUCAAGACAGAAGUGAGACCAGAUAUCUCUGCUGUACCAUUAUCUAGUGAAUAUCCAACAAGAGAAACUGCUAAACCUGAUCAGAUUCCACUUGAAAGCCUUCUUGUGACACUUGCACAAAUGGUUGAGAAAGAAGGUGAGUUGUCCAAAGAUAUAAAGCCAGAUAUAAAGAGUGCAACAGUUGAUUUAACAGAGAGACAUUCAGAGAUUAGUGUGACACAAGUAGUGGCACAUGAUAAAGAAAAAGAAUAUGUUACAGAACAGUCUCCUAAACAAAUGACAGCCACAGCCAGUGUACCAGUUCAUGAAGUGGCUAUUAAGUCAGAGACAUUGCCAGAGUUAAAUGUUGGUGAUCUUCCUGAGAGAGAACAUGUCACAGGUAGAGCAAAGCCUGAUAAUGAACCACUGCAAGAACUUAUAAUCACAGAAACAGCUAUUACUGAAGUUGAGAGACAACUUAAAGAAGGUGUGAAGCCGGAGAAAAGGACUGCAGAUGUAGCCAUUGAUGUAGGUGAAGGAAUAUCAAUUACAGAAAUUGUCGCUGACCAUAAAGAGGCUAUCCUUGAAUCUCUAGAAAUGCCAAAACAGAGGCAGGCCACUCUCAAUAUCCGUAGCCAAGAAGUUGCUCAGAAGGAGGAAGUGGUGAUGGAUUAUGUCACUGGUGAAUGGAAGAGGCAGUCACCAGUUAAGGAAAGUGCUCACCCAGAACAGGAUGCACUGGAAUGUGCUGUGUUACUACAGCCACAUAUUGGUGAAAGGGAAGGUCUUUAUAGUGCAGAUAUUAAGCCAGAUGAAAAAACAGCUAACAUUACCUUUGAAGAAGGUCAGAUACUAAGUGUCACAGAAGUUUUGCCUGAUGACAAAGAAAAACCACUUGAAAUUCCGGAAGCUCCAAACAAAUAUAAAGCAACAGCAGACUUCCAAACUCAAGAAGUUGCAGUGAAGUCUGAAAUAAUAGCUGGGUUAAAUGUCACAGAAAUAACACAUGUAGAGCCAUCAACAGCAGAAGCCACUAAAGACCAGGUUCCAUAUCAGAGUUUUAUUCUUUGUGAGACUCUGACAGGAGAAAAGGAAUCUGAGUAUCAGCCAUUAAUUAUGCCUGAUUCCAAAGUAGCAGACACUGUUAUCUUGGAAGAAGAGGGACUUACUGUAAAUCAGGUAACUACUGGAGAUGUGGAGACAACAUUUUCUUCACCAGAGAAGCCAGAAGGAAAGAAAGCAUUUCCAUCUGUAAUAGGGCAAGAAAUUGCUGAGAAAACAGCGGUUUGGAUUGAAAGUAGUGUGGGUAAGUUACCAUACGAAGAGCCCCAGUGUGUACAAGCUUUAGCGGAACAAUUGCCACAUCAUAGUUUGAUUCAGUCAGAAAUGGCUCCUGUGGAAUGUGAAGGUGUAUACUCAGUGGGCAUACAGCCAGAUAGUAAGAGUGCAGAGGUUGUAAUUGAUGAAGCAAAAAUGUUAGCCAUUACGGAAGUCAUCACACAAGACAAGGAAGGGCAUUAUGAAGCUCCCAUCAAACCAGAUGGCAAGUUUGCAAAACCUGGUGUAUUGGGACAGGAAGUAGCUCAGAAGAUAGAGGUAGUGACAGAAUCAAGAACUGGUGAAAUACUUUUAGAGACUCCAGUCAAAGUACAAGCCACAUCUGAACAAUUGACAUUUGAGAGUCUACAGCAGGCAGAAGCAACUGUGCAAGAACGAGAAGGAGAAUUUAAAGAGAAACUGAAAUACGAUAUGCUACAUGCAAAUCUGGAAUUUGAACAGGGUAAGAGUUUGACCAUUACUGAAAUAUUGGCACAAGAUAGAGAAGAAAUAAUUGCAACUGUGGAAAAGCCAAAGGAAAGAAAGGCAAGGACAGAUAUCAGUGGCAAAGAAGUGGCAGAAAAGACUGAAAUUGUACCUGAAUUUGGAAUGGGGAAACUAGAGGAAGAAAAAACUUCACCGGCUCAAGCAAAGAAGGCUCAUUUGCCCUUCGAAAGUGUUAUUAAAAUGGAAGUAAGCAUAAGAGAGUGUGAGGAACCCUUGAAGGGUGAUAUUAAGCCCAUAGCCAAACUUGCUGAAAUUGUAUUUGAAGAAGGUCAGCCACUACAAGUUACUUCAAUGGUGACAGGAGACAGAGAAAGUGAAUAUGUAACUCCUGAAAAGCCAAGUGGCAAAGUGGCUCAUUCAGAAGUUCUCACUCAUGAAGUUGCAGAGAAAUCUGAAAUAGUUCCAGGUUUGAAUAUCAGGGAACUGGUUCAGGAGGAACCUCUCAAAGUAAAAGCAAACACUGAACAGGCACCAUUUGAAAGUGUAAUGCAGAUACAAGCUCUUAUUCAAGAAAGUGAAGGGACAUUUGAAAAGGGUGAACUUCCUGCUUUUAGAAAGGCAGGAUUAAAUUUUGAAGCAGAACAAUCUCUCACUAUUUCAGAGGUCACACUUGGCGAUAAGGAACUUCUUUAUACUGCACCUCAAUUACCCAAAGAAAGACAAGCACAGCCAGACAUAACCGAAAGCCAGGAGGUGGCAGAACAAAGUCAGGUGCUCACAGAAAUAGGGGUUGGUCAAAUUGAAGCAAUAGUCCCAGUGUCAGAAACAGCUAAACUGGGACAUGACGUUCUUCAAAGUGUUAUGGUCUAUGAGAGUCAAACUCAUGAAAAUGAAUCUGAGUUUGUCAAAAAACAAUUACCAGUGACAAAAAAGGCUGAUGUCUUCAUAGAAAAGGGAAGGAAGGCACAAACUGUUACAGAAGUAAUUGCAGAUCUCAAGGAGGGAACUGUGAAAGAACUAGAGAUACCAACAGGAAAGAAAGCACGGCCUGAUAUUCUUGGCCAUGAGAUAGCAGAAAAGGCUGAAGUUGUAACACAUCUUUCUGUUGGCGAUGUCAUGGAACACAAAGUUCAUAGGACUUUUGCAUCAUUGGAACAAGUUCCAUUUGAGGGCAUUGUUCAAUCUGAAGCUGUAGUCCGUGAGAAAGAAAAUACCUUUAUCUCUGAUUUAAAAAUGGUCACUGCAAGUGCAGAGACAAUGUUUGAGGAAGGUAAAAGUGUCACUAUCUGCCAAGUUAUACCAGAAGACAAGGAGGAUGAUUUUGUGGCAGCACAAAAGCCCAAAACUCGAAUAGCUCAACCAGAAAUAGAGGCCCAUGAAAUAGCUGAAAAAUCUGAGGUUAUACCAGAAACAGGAGUUUCAGAACUUUCGUUUCAGGUCCCAAAACAUGCACAAGCUAAACCAGAGUCAUUAUUAUUUGAAGGCCUGGUUCAGUCAGAAGUUGCUGUCCGAGAAAGUGAGAUAGAUUUUGAUGGCAAAUUAAAAUUAGAUAAGAGGACUGUAGAUGUUUCAUUUGAGGAAGGCAGUAGUGUCACAAUAAUGGAGGUUAUUCCAGAUGACAAAGAAGCCCAGUAUUUGUCUCCUAUGGCACCUGAAUCUAAAGUAGCUCUACCACACAUAUCUGGGCAUCAGAUAGCAGAGAAAUCAGAGGUAUUACCAGAACUUAGCCUUGGACCUGUUGAUGUGAGACCUACACAGAAAAUACAGGCUGAUGUUCAACAGAUUCCAUUUGAAGGUAUUGUUCAGUCUGAAGCAAUUAUCCGUGAGAAGGAAGACGUCUUUAAAUCAAGUGUGAAGAAAGUGUCGGCCACUGCAGAGAGAAAAUUUGAGGAGGGCAGAAGUGUUACUGUAAGCCAAAUCAUAGCAGAAGACAAGGAAGGCGACUAUGUAAUUACUGAGAAACCCAAGGCCCAAAUGGCUGAACCAGAUGUCCAAGUGCAGCAAGUUGCAGAGAAAACUGAGGUAAUUACAGAAGUAGCAGCAUCUGACCUCUCGGUUGAAAAACCUAAGAAGGCACAAGCUAAAUCUGAAUCCUUCUUGUUUGAAAGCUUAGUUCAGUCAGAAAUUACUGUUCGUGAAAGUGAAAUUGAAUUUACUAGUCAAUUUAAAGAAGAUAAGAAGAAAGUGGAUGUAUCAUUUGAAGAAGGUAGAGGUGUGACAAUAACAGAAGUAGUUCCAGAUGACAGAGAAUCUCAGUACAUCUCUCCUACAGCACCAGAGAGUAAAGUAGCCUUACCAAACAUAUCUGGACAUGAGAUAGCAGAGAAAUCGGAGGUAUUAGCAGAACUUAGCCUUGGACCUGUUGAUGUGAAACCUACACAAAAAAUACAGGCUGAUGUUCAGCAGAUUCCAUUUGAAAGUAUUGUACAGUCUGAAGCAAUUAUCCGUGAGAAGGAAGACAUCUUUAAGUCAAGUGUAAAGAAAGUGUCUGCCACUGCAGAGAGGAAAUUUGAGGAAGGCAGAAGUGUUACUGUAAGUGAAAUCAUAGCAGAAGACAAGGAAGGUGACUAUGUUAUCACUGAGAAACCCAAAGCCCAAAUGGCUGAACCAGACAUCCAAGUACAGCAAGUCGCUGAAAAAACUGAAGUGAUUACAGAAGUGGCAGCGUCUGAGCUCUCAGUUGAGAAACCUAAGAAGGCACAAGCUAAAUCUGAAUCCUUCUUGUUUGAAAGCUUAGUUCAGUCAGAAAUUACUGUUCGUGAAAGUGAAAUUGAAUUUACUAGUCAAUUUAAAGAAGAUAAGAAGAAAGUGGAUGUAUCAUUUGAAGAAGGUAGAGGUGUGACAAUAACAGAAGUAGUUCCAGAUGACAGAGAAUCUCAGUACAUCUCUCCUACAGCGCCAGAGAGUAAAGUAGCCCUACCAAACAUAUCUGGACAUGAGAUAGCAGAGAAAUCAGAGGUAUUAACAGAACUUAGCCUUGGACCUGUUGAUGUGAAACCUACACAGAAAAUACAGGCUGAUGUUCAGCAGAUUCCAUUUGAAGGUAUUGUUCAGUCUGAAGCAAUUAUCCGUGAGAAGGAAGACAUCUUUAAGUCAAGUAUAAAGAAAGUGUCUGCCACUGCAGAGAGGAAAUUUGAGGAAGGCAGGAGUGUUACUGUAAGUGAAAUCAUAGCAGAAGACAAGGAAAGUGACUAUGUAAUUACUGAAAAACCCAAAGCCCAAAUGGCUGAACCAGAUGUCCAAGUACAACAAGUUGCAGAAAAAACUGAAGUCAUUACAGAAAUAGCAACUUCUGACCUUUCUGUCGAAAAACCUAUGAAGGCUCAAGUUAAAUCCAAAUCCAUCUUGUUUGAAAGCUUAGUUCAGUCAGAAGUUACUGUUCGUGAAAGUGAAAUUGAAUUUAGUAGCCAAUUUAAAGAAGACAGGAAGAAUGUGGAUGUGUCAUUUGAAGAAGGCAGAGGUGUGACAAUAACAGAAGUAGUUCCAGAUGACAGAGAAUCUCAGUACAUCUCUCCUACAGCACCAGAGAGUAAAGUAGCCCUACCAAACAUAUCUGGACAUGAGAUAGCAGAGAAAUCAGAAGUAUUAACAGAACUUAGCCUUGGUCCUGUUGAUGUGAGCCCUGCACAGAAAAUACAGGCUGAUGUUCAACAAAUUCCAUUUGAAGGUAUUGUUCAGUCUGAAGCAAUUAUCCGUGAGAAGGAAGAAAUCUUUAAGUCAGGCAUGAAGAAAGUGUCUGCCACUGCAGAGAGGAAAUUUGAAGAAGGCAGAUGUGUUACUGUAAGUGAAAUCAUAGCAGAAGACAAGGAAGGCGACUAUGUAAUUACUGAAAAACCCAAAGCCCAAAUGGCCGAACCAGACGUCCAAGUGCAGCAAGUUGCAGAGAAAACUGAGGUAAUUACAGAAGUAGCAGCAUCUGACCUCUCGGUUGAAAAACCUAAGAAGGCACAAGCUAAAUCUGAGUCCUUCUUGUUUGAAAGCUUAGUUCAGUCAGAAAUUACUGUUCGUGAAAGUGAAAUUGAAUUUACUAGUCAAUUUAAAGAAGAUAAGAAGAAAGUGGAUGUAUCAUUUGAAGAAGGUAGAGGUGUGACAAUAACAGAAGUAGUUCCAGAUGACAGAGAAUCUCAGUACAUCUCUCCUACAGCGCCAGAGAGUAAAGUAGCCCUACCAAACAUAUCUGGACAUGAGAUAGCAGAGAAAUCAGAGGUAUUAACAGAACUUAGCCUUGGACCUGUUGAUGUGAGACCUACACAGAAAAUACAGGCUGAUGUUCAGCAGAUUCCUUUUGAAGGUAUUGUUCAGUCUGAAGCAAUUAUCCGUGAGAAGGAAGACGUCCUUAAGUCAAGUAUAAAGAAAGUGUCUGCCACUGCAGAGAGGAAAUUUGAGGAAGGCAGGAGUGUUACUGUAAGUGAAAUCAUAGCAGAAGACAAGGAAGGUGACUAUGUAAUCAUGGAAAAACCUAAACCCCAGGUAGCUGAAGCUGAAGUUGGAGUGCAACAAGUUGCUGAGAAAUCUGAAGUAUUUACGGAAGUGGCAGCGUCUGAUCUCUCAGUUGAAAAACCAAAGCAUGUACAAGCUACAGCUGAACAAUUGUUGUUUGAAAGCUUAGUUCAGUCAGAAAUUACCAUCCGUGAAAGUGAAUCUGAUUUUGUGAGUCAGCUCAGAGAAGACAAGAAGAGAGUCAAAGUAUUGUUUGAAGAAGGGCAAGGUGUGGCAAUAACAGAAGUAGUGCCAGAUGACAAGGAGUCUCAGUAUAUCACUCCUGGGGCACCAGAGACUAAAGUUGCUCUGCCAAAUGUGUCUGGGCAGGAGGUUGCACAGAAAUCACAGGUGUUUCCUGAGAUGUCUCUUGGUGAAGUAAAAGUGAAGGCCCCCCAAGAACUUCAAAUCACCAUUGAUCAAGUUCCCUUUGAAAGCAUAAUACAGUCAGAAGCUUUAGUGAGUGAAAGAGAGGAGCAUUUCCAGUCUGAUUCUAAAAUGAUAUCAGCAAGUGCAAAGAGUGUGUUUAUUGAAGGUAAGAGCAUAACUGUGUCUCAGGUAGUUCCUGAGGAUAAGGAAACUGUGUGUGUUGUAGAAGACAGACCUAAGGAACAGAAGGCUGUAGUAGAUAUUCGUGGACAAGAAAUAGCUGAGAAGUCUGAAGUUGUAGCUGGUACAGGAAUACGUGAGUUUUCUGUGGGUUUGCCUAAACUUGUACAAGCUCAGCCAGAAGCUAUUCUUCAUGAAGGACUAGUACAAACAGAGGCUGCUGUUCAAGAAAAUGAACAGACAUUUGAGGGGAAAUUUGUACCUGAUUCUAGAAGUGCAGGUAUGACAUUUGAAGAAGAAAGAGGUGUUACUAUUACUGAAGUCAUUCCUGAACAUAAGGAAGAAAUAUAUACUGCACCCGAUUUUCCUGAAACCAAACUUGCCCUGCCAGAUGUAACGCCAACAGAAGUAGCACAGAAGCUUGAGAUUUGUGCAGAUAUUUCUCUAGGAGGAAUUGAUGUCAGACCAGUGCAGAAACUUCAGGUGAGCCCAAGGCAACUUCCUUUUGAAAGUUUGAUGCAAUCAGAACCAAUUAUUCGUGAAAAGGAAGGAGAAUUUGCUUCUGGUGUAACUGCUGUUACAGUAACUGCAGAGAGGAGUUUUGAAGAAGAAAGAAGUUUAACAAUUAGUCAAAUUAUCACAAGUGACAGAGAAGUGGAUUAUACGGUAGAACAGCAGCCAAAGCAACUUAUAGCUGAGGCAUCUGUGUAUGGUACUGAAGUGGCACAGAAAUCUGAAGUCAUGACACAUGUUAGCGUAAAUGAAUUUGAUGUAACUAUCCCAAAAACUGCACAGGCUCAACCACAUUCUGUACCUUUUGAAGGAAUUUUACAAACAGAGGCUAUAGUACGAGAAAAGGAACAAGACUUUGUAGGAUUAGAACACCUGAAGGAAAGCAGCAGGUGUGCAGACAUUGCAUUUGAAGAAGGAAGUGGAAUUACCAUUACAGAAAUUUUUGAGCAACAUAAAGAAGGCCAAUAUGUAACACCUACUCUUCCAGAUUUCAAGUCAAUAAAGCCAAAUAUUGAUACAAAAGAGGUAGCUGAAAAAUCUGAAGUUUUCACUGAAACAUGUGUUGGGGAAGUUGAAGUGAAACCAGUCAAGAAACUAAAAAUUAGUUUUGACCAAACACCAUUUGAAAGCAUUAUUCAGUCACAGGCAAUUGUUAGUGAAAAAGAAGGAGAAUUCCAUGCUGAUGUGAAAAAAGUAAUGGUAAGUGCAGAAAAAGGCUUCGAAGAGGGCAGAAGUGUUACUAUCACAGAAGUUGUUACUGAAGAUAAGGAAGCCGACUAUGUAGCUACAAAACUGCCAAAACCUCAAACUGCACAAACAGAAAUUCGUGGACAGGAGAUUGCUGAGAAAUCUGAAAUUGUCACUCAGUUUGGUACAGCUGAGUUGCAUACAGAUGUACCAACCACUGCACAGGCCUUCCCAGAAUCACUUCCUCUUCAGAGUCUUAUCCAGACUGAAGCAGUUGUUCAGGACAGAGAAAGUGACUUUGUGGAUCAAUCUAGACCAGAUUCCAAGAGUGCAGCUAUAGUAUUUGAGGAAGGACAGGUUGCAUCAGUAACACAGGUGGUUCCGGAAGAUAAAGAAAGCGAAUAUUUUGCUCCAGAGGUAAUUGAAACAAAAACUGCACAACCCAACAUCUCAGGUAAAGAAGUGGCUCAGAAGUCUGAAGUAUUGACAGAAUUAUGUCUGGGAGAAGUUGAAAUUAAAUCUGCACAGCAAGUACAGAGUAAAGUGGAACAAAUUACAUUUGAAAGUAUCAUGCAGUCAGAAGCAUUAGUUCAAGAAAAGGAACAAGAACAGGACUUGCGUCUAGAUAUAAGAUCAUCUCUGAAGAGAGCUGAGACAAGCUUCACUGAAGGAAAGAGCAUUACUGUCACACAAAUAAUUCUGGAAGAUAAGGAAGAAGACUAUUCAAUUGGAAAAAAGCCAGAAGAGCAUGCUGUUGUACCUGAAAUUGAAAGUAGAGAAAUUGCAGAGAAAUCUGUAACUCUUAGUGAAAUGAGUGUUGGAGAACUCUCCAUAGAAAAGCCCAAAUUGCUUAGGCUUCAGCCAGAUUCCAUACCUUGUGAAGGACUGUUACAAACAGAAGCUAUUGUACAGGAAAAAGAAAGAGACUUUAUUGGACACCUGAAACUAGACUCAAGGAAUGCAGAUGUUGCCUUUGAGGAAGGAAGAGGAAUUUCAGUUACAGAAGUUGUUUCAGAAGAUAAGGAAAGCCAAUACAUUGUUCCUGAAGCACCACUGAGUAAAGCAACACUUUCUGAUAUAUCAAGAAAAGAAGUUUUACAUACAUCAGAAGUAAUUCCUGACACUUGUCUUGCAGAUUUCAAAACACAUCCUGCUCAGGAAAUGCAUGUUACAGUGGAACAAAUUCCAUAUGAAAGUUUGAUACAGACACAAACUGAAAUUCAGGAAAGUGAAGUAGAAUUUAGAAGAUCUACUCAAAUUACAGAAAAAAACGCUAAACCAAAGUUUGAAGAAAGAAGAAGUCUAAGUGUCCUUCAAGUGACAACACAACAGAAGGAAGGAAACAUUGAGGUUUCUGAGUUUCCAAAAUUUCAACAUGCACUGCCUGAUUUGAUAAGCCAAGAAUCUGUUCAGUUAAGUGAAGUAAUUCCUGGAGUUUCUGUGGGAGAUGUUAAGCAGGAAGCUGACGUGAAAGAAAAGGCCAAAUACAGUCAGGAUCUCACUGAAGGUGUUAUUAUAUCUGAAGAACUUAUACAAGAAAAGGAACAUACUUUUGACAAGGUUUUCCAGCCUGAAACAAAAAGUGCAGAUAUUGAAUUUGAGGAACAGAGAGCUACAGCUGUAUCAGUUGUCAUAGCAGAAGAUAAAGAAGGUUUCUUUGUCUCUUCAGAAGCUCCAAAAACAGGUGUCGCCAGGCCAAAGAUACCAGUUAAAGAAGUAGCAGAGAAAGUAGAAAUUGUCACAGAACAGGACAUUGCUGAUCUAAUUAGUGAGAAACCCAUGGAAAUGCAUGCUAAGCCACAGCAGCAACCAAUAGAAACUAUAUUACAAACAGAAGUACUUGUUAGGGAAAGGGAAGGAAUGUUUUAUGGUGACUCCAAACCAGAUACUCAAAAUGUUGAAGUCACAUAUGAUGAUGGGAAGAAGGGUAUCAUGGUCACCCAAGUUAUUCCUGAAGAUAAAGAGGGUAUUUAUCAAGAAAAAGAUGUUCCAAAGAAGCAAACUGCUGUGCCGCAAGUACCAGAAAAAGAAGUUAUUCAACAGUUGGAAGUCAUUCCUGGCCACACAACAGAAGAAGCUUCCCUUCACAUAAUACCCACAAAAAGUAAAGCAACAACCGAACAGUUACCAUAUGAAAGUAUCAUUCAAAGUGAGACAUCCUUGCAAGAAAGGGAGGGGAUUUUCAAGCCCACACUCAAGCCAGAUAUAUCAAGUGCAGAGCUGAAAUUCCAAGAGGGGCAAAGCGUCAUGGUUACAGAAGUGAUAGUGCAAGAUAAAGAAGGUACAAAGGUUGUCACAAAAACUGUGAAAGAAGAGAUUGCUCACAAAGAUAUUGUAGAACAAGAGGCAGCUUUCAUGUCUGAAGUGCAUCCAGAGAAUGGAAUAGGUAGACUAGAUGUAGAUAUUCCCACCCCAAUUGUGGCAAAAGAGUCUGCUCCCCAGGCACAACACAGCAUAAUGGUCACCGAACUACAGAGCACUGGUGAGGUUGAAGCUAAGCUGCCAGACCUCAUCAAACCAUCACCAAAGAGAGUCAGCAUCUCCUUUGAAGAGGGAACCAAUGUCAUUGUAACAGAAGUGCAGCCAGAAGACAGAGAGGAGAGCCUGGACGACAAUACAUCAGCCUCUCAGACACGUCACAUCACUGCCACACAAGUGACCGACCAUAUGCCUGAGGUAAAAGUAAUUGAAACUACAACUGAGUUCCUUCAAGGUGAGUACACUAUAAAGAGUGCGGACAGAGAAUCUGCUGAUGAAGACACCGGGGAUGUAGACACAGUCCACAAACUUGAGACACCAGUUAUAGAGCUGAAAAGCUUACCAGACCAUGACAAGGAACAGGGCACUACUGAUGAAAUUGAAGUUAAGGAAAAGAUGGUGAAACCCAUGAUUAGAAAGAAGACGACGUUCCCAAUUGAGGACAGUAAACCUGCAAUGGAAGACGACACAAGGGAAGAAACUGUGCCAAUAUUGGAAGAACUUGAGGAGGAAAAGGCAGAUAAGCAUCCUGAGGAUGACAGGGAGGUUGAGAAGGUUGUUGAAGGAGCGAUGGAAGACACAAGAAAAGAGAAGAAAAUGAAACGUAUUAUCAAGAGGAAGAAGAUUACUCUGGUAGAAGGGGAGAAACCAUUAGGAGAGGAUAUAAAAGAGGAAACUGCACCACUACAUGAGAAGCCAGAAGAAGAGAAAGAAAAUGAAAUCUUGGAGAGCACCAUAAUGGUUGAGAAAGCUGAGGACAGAGAGAUGGAAGAAACAACUGAUGAGAAGAAAGUGAAACGUAUAGUGAGAAGAAAGAAGGCUACACCAAAUGAAGAGGAGAAACCAUCAACAGAAGGUGCAGAGGAGGAAACUGUGACAUUGUUUCAAAAGCCUAAAGAGGAGGAGAAGCCAGAGAUUGGUGAGGGGGAGAAGGAAGGAAUUACUGAAGACAUCAAACUGAAACACAUUAUCAGGAAGAAAAAAACUAAGCCAGCUGAAGAGAAGAAACUUUCUGAGGAACCUGUAGCACCAUGUGAUAAACCAGAAGAUGAGGAGCUAUAUGAAACUCCUGAAGGGGUCAUAACAGUUGAAAAAGCUGAGGAGGAAGAGACAGAAGAAACAUCAAAAGAGAAGAAAGUGAAACGCAUACUCAGAAGGAAAAAGAUUACACCAACUGAAGAGGAGAAACCUUCAGUGGAAGGUACAAAGCAGGAAACUGUGUCACUGACAGAAAAGCCCAAAGAUGAGGAGAAGUCAGAAAUUUCUGAAGGCGAGGAGGAAGAAUUGACUGACCAGACAAAAAAGAAACGCAUUAUCAGGAAGAAAAAGACUAUGGUGCUUGAGAAGGAGAAACCUUCAGAUGAGAGUAAACAAGAAGAACCAUUGCCAGUACUGGAGAAGCCGGAGGAGCAAAAGGCAGAGGAAAUUCCUGAAACAGUCAAGGAGGCUGAAGAUGUGGAACAAGUGGAAGCAACAAAAGAAAAGAAGGUUAAGCGCAUAGUCAGGAAAAAGAAGGUGGUACCAGAAGAGGCAGAAAAACCUGUAGGGGGAGAAAUGAUUGAAGAUACCUUGCCAUUACCAGAGAAACCUGCUGAAGGAAAGGCAGAUACAGAAGAGAAAACUGACAGUGUGCCAGUAGCUAAAGAUGUGGUUCCUGAAACUGUUGAUGAAACUGAACACAAAAAAGUGAAACGAAUAGUCAAAAAGAAAAAGAAAACUGUUCCAGAAGAAGAAAAGCCAAGUGGUGUGCAGGAAGAAGAAACUAUUAUGCCAUCCUUGGAAAAAUCUGAGGAAGAACUGCCCGAAGAAAAGCCUGAUGUUGAAGAGGAUACUGCAACAGUACCAGAGGACUCUAAGGGAAGGAGGGUAAAGAGAAUUGUAUCCAAAACAAAGAAAGGCAUUCCGAAGGAAGAGGAGAAACCAACAGAAGAUGAGGCAGAAGAGGAUGUAGCUCCUAGAAAACCAACAGAAGACAAAUCUGUCAAGAAGAAGAAAGUCACUGGACUACAAAUGAUGAAAAUUGAGAGGAAAGAAAUUAAAGCUACUCAGCUGAAGGUGAUUGAUGUCAAAGAAGACAUUCCCCUAUUUGCACAGAUAAAAUUAAAGAAAGUGACACCUGUCAAGAAACGAGAAAUAAAGGGUGUGACAAUUCCGAAAGUCUUGCUUAAGAGUAACAUUAAAUUUAUCGAUUAUCCACCAGCUGAACAGAAACCAAUCAUAACAAUUCUUGAGGUGCACUUUGACAAAGGUAUUCUGUCACGGAACUAUCAGGAAGCACUGAAAGUCCAGAAGAGAAAAGUAAAAAAAGUACGCAUCAAGGAUAAGGAAGCAACUGAGUUGGAGGAACCUGAGAAGUUCCCUGCAGAUGACACAGAAAAACCAGAACCUACAGAGAAAGUUGAUCAGCCGACAUGGCAGAGCUUGCCAAAGAAACCUACACCUGAACAACAAGAAACAAAGAAGCUUGAUAUUGGGAAAGGAAAAGUCCCAGAGCAGGAAACUCCUGUCCCAGAGGACAUCAAGUUGAAAAAGAUUCCUGAAAAACCAACACCUGGUGAAGAGGAGCAGAAGAUCAAGCCAUCGAAAAAAAAUGGGGAUGAACAAAAGAUGAAGAAGCCUAAGGAAUCUGAGAAAGAACCCUUGGCUCCUUUUGAGGGGAAGGACAUAGAAAAGCAUGAUACAGACUUAGAGCAAUAUGAGAGGAAGAGCCCAGAGAAAUCAGAUGAAGAGACUUCCAAACCUGAGGUGAAAAAGAGACCUAAGGCAAAGAAACCAAAACCAGAGCCAGAGACCAUUCAGAUUCCACUGGAGAAGGGAAUUCCUAAGAAACCGCAGCCAGAAGAUGACAAGGAGAUCAAGCUAAGGAAGAAAAUGGGUGAACCCACCCCAGAUGAACCCGAGGCAAUUACUCUCAAACCAUUCAGAAAAGAGAAACCAGAAGAUACAUCAGAGCAGCCAGAGAAAGAGGAAGGGAAGCCCAAAGGAGUAGACAGACUCACAGAGGAGGAAGAGGUAGAGAAGGACCAACUGCCAGAGGGAAAAAGGAAGAAGAAAAUAGUGAAGAAGGUUCGGAAACCAGAGGCACCACAGGAAGAAGCAGAGAAGCCUGUAUCAGAUGUUCCUGAGGCUGAGACACAGGAAAUAGUUUCCCCCAAAGAAGACCAGCCUAGUGCAGUGACAGUUCCUGAAUCAGUGAGUGAGCCUUUGACAGCAGUAGACGAACAACCAAAGGUUUCUGAGGAAGAGAAGCCUGGCAAAUUGGCUGCAGAUGAAAUGCCAGAACAAGACGUAGAAAAGGACCAACUGCCAGAGGGAAAAAGGAAGAAGAAAAUAGUGAAAAAGGUUCGGAAACCGGAGGCACCACAGGAACAAGCAGAGAAGACUUCACCAGAUGUUCCCGAGGCUGAGACACAGGAAAUAGUUUCCCCCAAAGAAGAGCAGCCUAGUGCAGUGACAGUUCCUGAAUCAGUAAGUGAGCCUUUAACUGCAAUAGACGAACAACCAAAGGUUUCUGAAGAAGAGAAGCCUGACAAAGUGGCUGCAGAUGACGUGCCAGAACAAAAGGUUGUCAGAAAGAAAGUGAAGGUACAGAAGGUGAAGCCAGAGAAAGAAGUGAAACCAGAAGAAGAGGUUCAAGAAGAAAAGAAAGAAGAGGUGGGAAAGCUGGAGGUUGUGGUGAAAGAGGUACCUGAGGAUGAGAAGGAACAUGUUACUACUGAAGAAAUGGAAGUUAAAGAGAAAAAGGUGAAACACAUAAUCAGAAAGAAGAAGACAACUCCAAGUGAAGAAGAGAAACCUUCAGAUGAGAGUAAAGGAGAAGAAUCAUUACCAGUACUGGAGAAGCCAGAGGAGCAAAAGGCAGAGGAAAUUCCAGAAACAGUCAAGGAGGCUGAAGAUGUGGAACAAGUUGAAGCAACAAAAGAAAAGAAGGUUAAGCGCAUAGUCAGGAAAAAGAAGGUGGUACCAGAAGAGUCAGAAAAACCUGUAGAGGAAGAAAUGAUUGAAGAUACCUUGCCAUUACCAGAGAAACCUGCUGAAGGAAAGGCAGAUACAGAAGAGAAAACUGACAGUGUGCCGGUAGCUAAAGAUGAGGUUCCUGAAACUGUUGGUGAAACUGAACACAAAAAAGUGAAACGAAUAGUGAAAAAGAAAAAGAAAACUGUUCCAGAAGAAGAUGAAAAGCCAGUUGGUGUGGAGAAAGAGGAAACUAUUAUGCCAUCCUUGGAAAAAUCUGAGGAAGAACUGCCCGAAGAAAAGCCUGAUGUUGAAGAGGAUACUACAACAGUACCUGAGGACUCUAAGGGAAGGAGGGUAAAGCGAAUUGUGUCCAAAACAAAGAAAGGCAUUCCGAAGGAAGAGGAGAAACCAACAGAAGGCAAGGUAGAAGAGGAUGUAGCUCCUAGAAAACCAACGGAUGACAAACCUGUCAAGAAGAAGAAAGUCACUGGACUACAAAUGAUGAAAAUUGAGAAGAAAGAAAUUAAAGCUACUCAGCUGAAGGUGAUUGAUGUCAAAGAAGACAUUCCCCUAUUUGCACAGAUAAAAUUAAAGAAAGUGACACCUGUCAAGAAACGAGAAAUAAAGGGUGUGACAAUUCCGAAAGUCUUGCUUAAGAGUAACAUUAAGUUCAUUGAUUAUCCACCAGCUGAACAGAAGCCAGUCAUAACAAUUCUUGAGGUGCACUUUGACAAGGGUAUUCUGUCACGGAACUACCAGGAAGCUCUGAAAGUGCAAAAGAGGAAAGUAAAAAAGGUACGAAUCAAGGAUAAGGAAGCAACUGAGUUGGAGGAACCUGAGAAGUUCCCUGCAGAUGACACAGAAAAACCAGAACCUACAGAGAAAGUUGAUCAGCCAGCAUGGCAGAGCUUGCCAAAGAAACCUACACCUGAACAACAAGAAACACAUAAGCUUGAUAUUGGGAAAGGAAAAGUUCCAGAGCAGGAAACUCCUGUCCCAGAGGACAUCAAGUUGAAAAAGAUUCCUGAAAAACCAACACCUGGUGAAGAGGAGCAGAAGAUCAAGCCAUCGAAAAAAGAUGGGGAUGAACCACAGAUGAAGAAGCCUAAGGAAUCUGAGAAAGAACCAUUGGCUCCUUUUGAGGGGAAGGACAUAGAAAAGCAUGAUACAGACUUAGAGAAAUAUGAGAGGGAGAGCCCAGAGAAAUCAGAUGAAGAGACUUCCAAACCUGAGGUGAAAAAGAGACCUAAGGCAAAGAAACCAAAACCAGAGCCAGAGACCAUUCAGAUUCCACUGGAGAAGGGAAUUCCUAAGAAACCGCAGCCAGAAGAUGACAAGGAGAUAAAGCUAAGGAAGAAAAUGGGUGAACCCACCCCAGAUGUACCCGAGGCAAUUACUCUCAAACCAUUCAGAAAAGAGAAACCAGAAGAUAAAUCAGAUCAGCCAGAGAAAGAGGAAGGGAAGCCCAAAGGAGUAGACAGACUCACAGAGGAGGAAGAGGUAGAGAAGGAUCAACUGCCAGACGGAAAAAGGAAGAAGAAAAUAGUGAAGAAGGUUCGGAAACCAGAGGCACCACAGGAAGAAUCAGAGAAGCCUGUAUCAGACGUUCCUGAGGCUGAGACACAGGAAAUAGUUUCCCCCAAAGAAGACCAUCCUAAUGCAGUGACAGUUCCUGAAUCAGUGAGUGAGCCUUUAACAGCAGUAGACGAACAACCAAAGGUUUCUGAAGAAGAGAAGCCUGACAAAGUGGCUGCAGAUGACGUGCCAGAACAAAAGGUUGUCAGAAAGAAAGUGAAGGUACAGAAGGUGAAGCCAGAGAAAGAAGUGAAACCAGAAGAAGAGGUUCAAGAAGAAAAGAAAGAAGAGGUGGAAAAGCUGGAGGUUGUGGUGAAAGAGGUACCUGAGGAUGAGAAGGAACAUGUUACUACUGAAGAAAUGGAAGUUAAAGAGAAAAAGGUGAAACACAUAAUCAGAAAGAAGAAGACAACUCCAAGUGAAGAAGAGAAACCUUCAGAUGAGAGUAAAGGAGAAGAAUCAUUACCAGUACUGGAGAAGCCAGAGGAGCAAAAGGCAGAGGAAAUUCCAGAAACAGUCAAGGAGGCUGAAGAUGUGGAACAAGUUGAAGCAACAAAAGAAAAGAAGGUUAAGCGCAUAGUCAGGAAAAAGAAGGUGGUACCAGAAGAGUCAGAAAAACCUGUAGAGGAAGAAAUGAUUGAAGAUACCUUGCCAUUACCAGAGAAACCUGCUGAAGGAAAGGCAGAUACAGAAGAGAAAACUGACAGUGUGCCAGUAGCUAAAGAUGUGGUUCCUGAAACUGUUGAUGAAACUGAACACAAAAAAGUUAAACGAAUUGUCAAAAAGAAAAAGAAAACUGUUCCAGAAGAAGAUGUAAAGCCAAUUGAUGUGGAGAAAGAGGAAACUAUUAUGCCAUCCUUAGAAAAAUCUGAAGAAGAAGUGCCUGAAGAAAAGCCUGAUGUAGAAGAGGAUACUACAACAGUACCUGUGGACUCUAAGGGAAGGAGGGUAAAGAGAAUUGUGUCCAAAUCAAAGAAAGGCAUUCCGAAGGAAGAGGAGAAACCAACAGAAGACAAGGCAGAAGAGGAUGUAGCUCCUAGAAAACCAACAGAAGACAAACCUGUCAAGAAGAAGAAAGUCACUGGACUACAAAUGAUGAAAAUUGAGAGGAAAGAAAUUAAAGCUACUCAGCUGAAGGUGAUUGAUGUCAAAGAAGACAUUCCCCUAUUUGCACAGAUAAAAUUAAAGAAAGUGACACCUGUCAAGAAACGAGAAAUAAAGGGUGUGACAAUUCCGAAAGUCUUGCUUAAGAGUAACAUUAAGUUCAUUGACUAUCCACCAGCUGAACAGAAGCCAGUCAUAACAAUUCUUGAUGUGUACUUUGACAAAGGUAUUCUGUCACGGAACUACCAGGAAGCUCUGAAAGUGCAAAAGAGGAAAGUAAAAAAGGUACGAAUCAAGGAUAAGGAAGCAACUGAGUUGGAGGAACCUGAGAAGUUCGCUGCAGAUGACACAGAAAAACCAGAACCUACAGAGAAAGUAGAUCAGCCGACAUGGCAGAGCUUGCCAAAGAAACCUGCACCUGAGCAACAAGAAACACAGAAGCUUGAUAUUGGGAAAGGAAAAGUUCCAGAGCAGGAAACUCCUGUCCCAGAGGACAUCAAGUUGAAAAAGAUUCCUGAGAAACCAACACCUGGUGAAGCGGAGCAGAAGAUCAAGCCAUCGAAAAAAGAUGGGGAUGAACAAAAGAUAAAGAAGCCUAAGGAAUCUGAGAAAGAACCAUUGGCUCCUUUUGAGGGGAAGGACAUAGAAAAGCAUGAUACAGACUUAGAGCAAUAUGAGAGGGAGAGCCCAGAGAAAUCAGAUGAAGGGGCUUCCAAACCUGAGGUGAAAAAGAGACCUAAGGCAAAGAAACCAAAACCAGAGCCAGAGACCAUUCAGAUUCCACUGGAGAAGGGAAUUCCUAAGAAACCGCAGCCAGAAGAUGACAAGGAGAUCAUGCUAAGGAAGAAAAUGGGUGAACCCACCCCAGAUGAACCCGAGGGGAUUACUCUCAAACCAUUCAGAAAAGAGAAACCAGAAGAUACAUCAGAGCAGCCAGAGAAAGAGGAAGGGAAACCCAAAGGAGUAGACAGACCCACAGAGGAGGAAGAGGUAGAGAAGGGCCAACUGCCAGAGGGAAAAAGGAAGAAGAAAAUAGUGAAGAAGGUUCGGAAACCAGUGGCACCACAGGAAGAAGCAGAGAAGUCUGUAUCAGAUGUUCCUGAGGCUGAGACACAGGAAAUAGUUUCCCCCAAAGAAGACCAGCCUAGUGCAGUGACAGUUCCUGAAUCAGUGAGUGAGCCUUUAACAGCAGUAGACGAACAACCAAAGGUUUCUGAGGAAGAGAAGCCCGACAAAGUGGUGGCAGAUGAAGUGCCAGAACAAGAAGUAGAAAAGGACCAACUGCCAGAGGGAAAAAGGAAGAAGAAAAUAUUGAAAAAGGUUCGGAAACCGGAGGCACCACAGGAACAAGCGGAGAAGCCUUCACCAGAUGUUCCUGAGGCUGAGACACAGGAAAUAGUUUCCCCCAAAGAAGACCAGCCUAGUGCAGUGACAGUUCCUGAAUCAGUGAGUGAACCUUUAACUGCAGUAGAUGAGCAACCAAAGGUUUCUGAGGAAGAGAAGCCUGACAAAGUGGCUGCGGAUGACGUGCCAGAACAAAAGGUUGUCAGAAAGAAAGUGAAGGUACAGAAGGUGAAGACAGAGAAAGAAGUGAAACCAGAAGAAGAGGUUCAAGAAGAAAAGAAAGAAGAGGUGGAAAAGCUGGAGGUUGUGGUGAAAGAGGUACCUGUGGAUGAGAAGGAACAUGUUACUACUGAAGAAAUGGAAGUUAAAGAGAAAAAGGUGAAACACAUAAUCAGAAAGAAGAAGGCAGCUCCAAGUGAAGAAGAGAAACCUUCAGAUGAGAGUAAAGGAGAAGAAUCAUUACCAGUACUGGAGAAGCCAGAGGAGCAAGAGGCAGAGGAAAUUCCUGAAACAGUCAAGGAGGCUGAAGAUGUGGAACAAGUGGAAGCAACAAAAGAAAAGAAAGUGAAACGAAUUGUCAAGAAGAAGAAAUUGGUUCCAGAGGAGGUUGAAAAGUCAUUGCAGGAAGAAACAGUUAAAGACAAUUUUCCUGCACCUGAGGAAUCAAGAUUAGCAGAAGAUCAGAAAGGCCAACCAGAAGACUCACAUCUACAUUUUGCAAAUGUCGAAUCAUCUGUUGUGGGGAAAGUGACUGACAUUGUUACUCCAUCAUACGAGACAGGUAAAUCACAAGUAACUAUGGCACUUAAUGAUUCUGUUUCUGUGAGUGAUACCAUGUCCUUAGAGUUAACUGAACAACGAGUAGCAGAUAAGAAACCAUUACCGCAGGAGGCUUUAGUAAGUAUAGGAGAAAAAGAUACUGUAUCUAUACAGGAACCUUAUGUUGAGGUAGUUCCUGCACAUUUGCCUGAGUCACCUCAGGUUUUAAAGGAAGAAGCGACACUUAAGGUAAUGAGCCAAAAAUCUGUGGCUAUAUUGGAAAUUCCUACACAUGAAACAGAGGAACCCCUUGUAUCCGGUAUACCUGAAGUAUUGCAUGCCACACCAUCAUUUCUACAACAAGGACCUUUAACUGUAACUGAAACUGGCACAUUUGAAACACAUACAGACUUUGAACAUGAGAAACAAUUAACUGAAACAGCCCAGACAACCAUCUUACCACAGGAAACACUUUCUGUAACACUUCCUGAACUGCAACACAAGGAAGAUAUUUUCAUGUCACCUGCAGUACCUGACACUGAACAUGCUAUCAGAAACAUUCCAUUGUCUGACUCUGUAACUGUAAAUGAAAUAACAUCUUUAGAAAUACCAUCAGAAUUGAGGCAUACAGUGACACAGGACAAAGAAGCAGUUACAGCACUGCUACCCACAACAGAAUCUGUGUUUGUGACAGAGAUACAACCAACUCAGACAGUGGCUGUUGAUACAAGGGUACAGAAAGUGCCAAAACCUGAAUCAGCUCAAAGAAAACUUUCAACACAGGAUACAUUACAAAUACAAGAAGUUACCACGGAACAGGUUGUUACCACAGAGCCACCUCAAGAAACACAGUAUUUGACACAGGUGCCGAAAGUCGUCCAGAAACGACAGGAGGCACUUAUAAUUACAGAAGUAAUCAAAAACACAAAGGAGGAAGAACUUGCUAACUUCACAGUAUCACAAGAACAACCUACAGUAACAGUUUCUGAAAGUGAAAGUGUGCAAAUUACUGAUAUGCAAACUGCACUAUUUACAGGUGACAUUACUGUACCAGCUCUGCCUAGGAUGGAACAGGUAAGCCCAAUAAUACCAGUGGAAAGACAGCUUCUUUUAGUGGAACAUUCACAACCUGGAAUCUUAGAAGAGGCACUGCCUGAGGAGAAAAUCACAACAGUGCAAGCUAAACUUGUGGAAAUUAGUGAUCAUAAGAAGGCAGAUGUUUCAAUAUCUGAAGUUAAAGAAGCUCCUACAUUACCAAGGAGGGAAGUUGAAAUUCAUGCACCAGAAAACGUUGAGGCUAUUCCUGAAGAAGAGAAACCAACACCUGAACAUGCAGAAGAAAUUUCACAAGAGUAUGCAGUCACUGAGAAGCCAUUGGUGUCUUUUGCUGAUGAAGAUGUCAAGAAGCAACCAACAACAAGAAAAGUCUUGAAGAAGAAAAGAGCUCCUGAGAAGCCAAAGUACGCUGAUGAAAGUGUGACUGAAGAAAUGACAACUGAAGUGCUGACUCAGGAAAAGCCUGACACUCUAAAACCUGAGGAAGUAAAGGAUGUGCAUGAAGGAAUUGAGGUCACUGAAGUAGUAGAUACAGUAAGUACAGGUGAUGUUAGUCCAUUGGAUGUUGAAAAAGAGAAAGCAGAAGCUGUUGAGGGAACUGAAGACUCUGUAAGUAUUGUUGAGACACCAGUUAAGAAAUUAAUUACUAAGAAGAAGAAGGUCAAGCCAGUUUCAAAGAUUCCAGAAGAGAAAGUGCCAGAAGAAGAAGAAAAAGUGGUGGAAAUCCCACAGGAAGAGAAGCCUGUGCCUAAAAAACCAAAGGAAAAGAAACAUCUUCCUGAAAAAGUAGAAGUGUUGAAACUCGAAAGGAAAGAAGUUAAACCUACCAAACUGAAGAUAACUGAUGUGAUGCCAAAAGAGGAAGUUCCUCUUUUCACGCAGGUGAAGCUGAGGAAAGCAAGUGUUCAAAAGAGGGAGAUUAAGGCUGUAGAAGUCCCAAAAGUAUUAUUGAAGAGCAACAUAAAGAUAAUAGACUACCCUCCAAAGGAAAAUACCCCUCUUAUAACAAUAAUAAAUGCAAGGUGUGACAAGGGGAUACUAUCAAGAAAUACACAAGAAGCUCUGAAAGUCCUCAAGAGAAAAGUGAAGAAAGUAAAGUUGCCCGGCAGAGAAAAACCAGACACAGAAGAAUUAGAGUCUUUUGAUGUUGAUCAGAAAGACAGUACUGAUAUUCCUGUGGAAGAUGAGAAGAGUACAUGGGAAAGACUCCCAAAGUCUGCAGAUACUGAGAAACCAGAAGAACCAAAGCUGGUUGUGGGAAAAGGAAAAAUCCCAGAAACAAAAGAACCAGAACAAGAAGAAAUAAAGCUUAAGAAAGUUCCUGAGAAGCCACUAGUGGAAGAGAUAACUGAAAUGAAGAAGCCUAAGAAGGAUGAGACUGAUGAAAAGGAUACAAAGAGCACACCAAAAGAGAAGGAAAUUACUUUAGCUCCCUUUGAACCUAGUGACAUAGAAGGAACUGACAUAGAUCUGGAAAAGUAUGUAAAAGAAGAGCCAGAAAAGAAAGAGAGAAGGACUCCUGAAAAGCAAAAAGUUAAAAAGCCCAAAAAAGACUCUGCAAAACCUGAACCAGAGACAGUAAAAAUACCAUUAGAAAAACAGCCUCCUAAGAAACCUUACCCUGAAGAGGAGAAGGAUAUCAAACUGAAAAAGAAGGUGGGAGAGCCUGAACCAGAGGAGCCAGAUAGUAUUACCUUGAAACCUUUUGUAAAAGAGAAACCAGAAGAAGAUUCUGAAAUUGCUAAGAAGCACAGCCUUAAACUUGAUGACAAAGAGAAACCUUAUGAAGAAGAAGAGAUAUUACCUACUGAACAUGUAAAACCUGAAUCACCAGAGAGGACAAUAAAGAAAACAAAGGUAAAGAAAACAAAACCACCUAAGCGUGUGGAAGAUGUUCCGAAAGAUGAAUCCAAAGAAGCACCUCAGCAGGAUGAACCAAUACUGGAUGAGAAACCAAAAGAAACCAAAGAAGUACCAGAAGAAGAAUUCGUGAUGAAGAUAAAACCCAAAGAACCAGAAAGGGAGGAUAUUGAGAAGGUAAUAGUCGAGAAAGAGGAGCCAGAGAAACCUGAGGUUGAAGAAAUUAAAGAAGUGGCAAUAAAGAAGAAGAAACCAAAGAAACCUUCUGUAGAAGAAGUGAGAGAGGAAGUCACUCUAAAGGAGGUACCAGUGGAGCCAAAAGAGGAGGAAGUCACAGAGGAGGUAAUUGUAAAGGAAAAGAAGCCUAAAGAGGUGAAAGCAGAAGAGGUUCCUGAGGAAGUGAUAAUUGAAAAGAAGGAACCAGAGAAACCCAAGGAAGAGGUAAGUGAAGAAAUAACAAUAAAGAAGAAGAAACCAAGGAAACCUUCUGUAGAAGAAGUGAGAGAAGAAGUCACGCUAAAGAAGGUGAUACCAGUGGAGCCAAAAGAGGAGGAGGAAGUCACAGAGGAGGUAGUUGUAAAGAAAAAGAAGCCUAAAGAGGUGAAAGUAGAAGAGGUUCCUGAGAAAGUGACAAUUGAAAAGAGGGAACCAGAGAAACCCAAGGAUGAGGUAAGUGAAGAAAUAACAAUAAAGAAGAAGAAACCAAGGAAACCUUCUGUAGAAGAAGUUGCUGAAGAAGUCACUCUAAAGAAGGUGGUACCAGUGGAGCCAAAAGAGGAGGAGGAAGUCACAGAGGAAGUAGUUGUAAAGAAAAAGAAACCUAAGGAGGUCAAAAUAGAAGAAGUUACUGAGGAAGUGAAAAUUGAAAAGAAGGAACCAGAGAAACCCAAGGAAGAGGUAAGUGAAGAAAUAACAAUAAAGAAGAAGAAACCAAGGAAACCUUCUGUAGAAGAAGUGACUGAGGAAGUCACUCUCAAGAAGGUGGUACCAAUGGAGCCAAAGGAGGAAGAGGAAGUCACAGAACAGGUAGUGAUAAAGAAAAAGAAGCCCAAGGAGGUGAAAGUAGAAGAGGUGACUGAGGAAGUGAAAAUUAAAAAGAAGGAACCAGAGAAACCCAAGGAUGAUGUACAUGAAGAAAUAACAAUAAAGAAGAAGAAACCAAGGAAACCUUCUGUAGAAGAAGUUGCUGAAGAAGUCACUCUAAAGAAGGUGGUACCAGUGGAGCCAAAACAAGAAGAGGAAGUCACAGAAGAGGUAGUGAUAAAGAAAAAGAAGCCUAAGGAGGUGAAAGUGGAAGAAGUUACUGAGGAAGUGAAAAUUGAAAAGAAGGAACCAGAGAAACCCAAGGAAGAGGUAAGUGAAGAAAUAACAAUAAAGAAGAAGAAACCAAGGAAACCUUCUGUAGAAGAAGUGACUGAGGAAGUCACUCUUAAGAAGGUGGUACCAGUGGAGCCACAGGAGGAAGAGGAAGUCACGGAACAGGUAGUGGUAAAGAAAAAGAAGCCUAAAGAGGUGAAAGUAGAAGAGAUUACUGAGGAAGUGAAAAUUAGAAAGAAGGAACCAGAGAAACCCAAGGAUGAUGUAAGUGAAGAAAUAACAAUAAAGAAGAAGAAACCAAGGAAACCUUCUGUAGAAGAAGUUGCUGAAGAAGUCACUCUAAAGAAGGUGGUACCAGUGGAGCCAAAACAAGAAGAGGAAGUCACAGAAGAGGUAGUUAUAAAGAAAAAGAAGCCUAAGGAGGUGAAAGUAGAAGAGGUGACUGAGGAAGUGAAAAUUGAAAAGAAGGAACCAGAGAAACCCAAGGAUGAUGUAAGUGAAGAAAUAACAAUAAAGAAGAAGAAACCAAGGAAACCUUCUGUAGAAGAAGUUUCUGAAGAAGUCACUCUAAAGAAGGUGGUACCAGUGGAGCCAAAACAAGAAGAGGAAGUCACAGAAGAGGUAGUUAUAAAGAAAAAGAAGCCUAAGGAGGUGAAAGUGGAAGAGGUUUCUGAGGAAGUGACAAUUAAAAGGAAGGAACCAGAAAAACCCAAGGAUGAUGUAAGUGAAGAAGUAACAAUAAAGAAGAAGAAACCAAGGAAACCUUCUGUAGAAGAAGUGAGUGAGGAAGUCACUCUAAAGAAGAUGGUACCGGUGGAGCCAAAAGAAGAAGGGGAAGUCACAGAAGAGGUAGUUAUAAAGAAAAAGAAGCCUAAAGAGGUGAAAGUGGAAGAGGUUUCUGAGGAAGUGACAAUUAAAAGGAAGGAACCAGAAAAACCCAAGGAUGAUGUAAGUGAAGAAGUAACAAUAAAGAAGAAGAAACCAAGGAAACCUUCUGUAGAAGAAGUGAGUGAGGAAGUCACUCUAAAGAAGAUGGUACCGGUGGAGCCAAAAGAAGAAGGGGAAGUCACAGAAGAGGUAGUUAUAAAGAAAAAGAAGCCUAAAGAGGUGAAAGUGGAAGAGGUUUCUGAGGAAGUGACAAUUAAAAGGAAGGAACCAGAAAAACCCAAGGAUGAUGUAAGUGAAGAAGUAACAAUAAAGAAGAAGAAACCAAGGAAACCUUCUGUAGAAGAAGUGAGUGAGAAACUCACCAUAAAGAAGGUAGUGGAAAAGAAAGCUGCAGAACCACAUGAUGAGGAAGUAACAGAAGAAAUAACAAUUAAGAAGUUGGCACCAAAGACACCUGAGGACAGCGUGGCAGAAUUCACUGUUAAGAAGAAGGCUCCACAGAGGAAGUUGUCAAUAGAGGAGUUAGGUGAGGAAGAAAUCACUAUAAAACCAAUGCGGCCAAGACAACCAUCAUUGCCUGAAGUAACUGAAGUUACUGAUGUUGAAACAGUUACAAUUCAGCCUAGAAUCACUAAAACAAAAGAAGAAAUAGAACAAGAAUUCAAGAUUCAGCUACAUACUUAUGAAGAAGAGGAUAUCUCAAUGACUAGUAAAGUCAGGUUAAAGAAACAACGACGUCCUACCUAUGCAGAAGAAGCUGGUGAGCAAACUAUUCGAAUUAUCAAAGAGAUAGAAGAUCAGAAGUCACCUGAAAUUAUAGAAGUUUUAGAGUCUCCUGAAGCUGAAGGUGUCAGUUUUGAUUUGAAGCGCAAGCCAAGUUAUACAGUUCAGGAAGCAGAAGAAGAGGAAACAGUGAUACUAACAAAACCACAUAGGGGGAGAGAAGACAUUGAAGAAAGUUUUCAGAUUUCCUUACGCAAGAAAGAUGAUUCUCGCAAAAUGUCAUACUCCAUUGAAAAUGUUGAAGAAGAGUUCAGCAUUGGUUUUCAAAAGAGGCAGCCUACUCCAGCAGGAACAUCCUUUGAAGAAGAGUCCUUGGAGCUGAGGCUGAAGCCUAAGAAGAGGCCUACAAGGAUGUCACAGGAAGAGGAUUUCACUCUGAGUAUAGUAAAGGAAACAGAAGUCUUCCAAGAAGGAGUAGAAGAGAUAUUAGUUACAGAGCUUCAAGAAGGGGAUGUGUUAUACUCAGUCAGUGCCUAUGAAGCAGAAAAUGAAGAUGCAAUGAAUCUUGUUGAGGGUGAGAAGGUUUACAUCAUAGAUAUGAAUAACCCAGACUGGUGGUUUGUUAAAAAACAUCUCACAGAAGAGAAAGGAUGGGUUCCAGCUCAACUUCUAAUGGAUGAAAUUAGGUACACAACAUUUGUUCAGAAAGUAAUCCAGCAAAAAAUUGACCAGCUUCCUGUUUUUGAAAAACCUGUACAUACAGACAAAGCUACCGCACCAAGAUUUGUUGAGAAGCUUCAACCUAAGCAUGUUCCUGAUGGAACAACAGUUGAAUUUCGGUGUCAGAUUUCUGGUAGCCCUCGUCCACAGGUUACAUGGUUUAAGCAGACAGCCAUUCUGUUGCCUUCUCAUGACUUCCAGAUGUUCUACAGUGAAGAUAAUGUGGCAACGCUUGUCAUAAAAGAAAUUUUCCCAGAAGAUGCUGGCACGUAUACAUGUGUUGCAAAGAAUGCAGCAGGAUUUGCAUCUUCUUCAACAGAGCUUGUUGUAGAGGGACCAUUGUCAGACCAUGGGUCAGAUGUUGCUGUACUAUCCAGGAAAAGCCUCUCAAGGGAAUCGUCUCUAGCAGACAUCCUGGAAGGAAUUCCUCCCAUGUUUACACACAAACCAGUGCCACUGUCUGCGCCAGAGGGUUCUGAUGUGAAACUGGACUGUCAAUUAGUGGCAGUUCCUGAACCAGUUAUUACAUGGUACUUCAACAAAAAGGAAGUUGAUAAAACUGAAAAUGUUUCUGUUUCUGUUGAUUCUGAUGGUCAUAUGUACUUUAGCAAAGUUUCCAUUAAAAAAGUAAAGAAAUCGCAGGAAGGUGUAUAUGAAGUCAUUGCCAGAAACACCGAAGGAGAAACGUCUAUGCCCAUAAUCCUAAAGGUAAAAACAUCAAAGAAGGAACCACCAACAGUCCUGGAACCACUGAAACCAACGGUUGUCCAUACUGGUGAUCCAGUAGUAUUACAUGCAGUCAUAACAGGCAACCCAGCACCAAAAGUCACGUGGCUCAAAGAUGGUCUUCCAGCUGACGACCUGCCUGUUUCUCAUGAUGGAGACACUCACAGCAUUUUCUUGAAAGAUGCUGGUGAGGGAGACGCAGGGGUCUACACAGUAAGAGCAGAGAACCCCGUUGGUAGUGUAGAAAGUACAGCAUCUCUCGUAGUUGAAGCACCUGAUGAGAACAUGGAGCCACCACUUUUUACGGAAAGAUUUGAGGAAGUAAAAGUCCCUGAGAAAUGUACAUUACGUCUGGUAGCCAAGGUGACAGGGAAUCCUGUUCCAGAGAUUACGUGGCUCAGGAACAAUAGACCACUGAAACCAUCACCAAACCUAACUGUGUCAUUUGAUGGGACCACAUCUUCUUUGGAAAUUCAGAAUGUGGAUUCAGAAGUUGAUGCUGGAAACUACAAAUGUGUAGCCAAAAAUCGUGCAGGAAUCACAUCUCAUGGAGCAAGAGUUUCAGUCGAUGUUCCGGAAGUCACAUUUGUAAGGAAACUGCAGGAAAUUACUGAAGUUGAGGAACGAGAAUCUCUGGUACUGGAAUGUGAAACUUCACACACAGUAUCGACACACUGGUUCCAUGAGAAUCAUGAGCUCAGUGGAAUGGACCACCGAGUGGUGGUGCAAGAGGGCCGUAUUCAUCGUUUGCUUAUAAAGAACUGCACAUCGCGAGAUGCCGGCCUGUACCAGUGUCGGGUGAGGGAUCAAGUGACGGAGGGCCACGUUACAGUCCACGACAAAAAACCAGAGUUUCUGCGGAAGUUACAAGAUUUCGAAGUGAAAGAAAGGGAAAGUGCUAUAUUGGAAGUUGAAAUCACAUCAGAAACAGCAGAUGUAACAUGGCACAAAGAUGGUGAACAACUGACAGACACAAGUGAUAAAUUUGUAUUUGAGAAGCAAGGAACAGUACGCAAGUUACUGAUUCGAGGUGUGUCUGUCCACGAUGAAGGCGAGUACACAUGUGCCCUUGGAGAACAAGAGUGUACUGCAGAAGUCUCUGUUGUUGAACUUCCACCAGAGAUAACCACUAAGAUGCAGGAUGUGACUGUUGCGAAGGGUGAGAAAGCAACAUUUGAAAUAGAGCUAACAAAGGGAGAUGCCCUUGUCCGAUGGUUUAAAGAUGGCAAGGAGCUGCAAUUUUCUGAACAUGUGCAACUGUCCAUUGAUGGGAAGAGGCAGCGCCUGAAAGUGUACAAUUCCGAACUUAAGGAUGCAGGUGUUUACUCUUGCGAAGUUGGUGAACAGACAUCUUCAGCACGACUAACUGUUGAAGAGCCAGCUGUGCAGUUCCUUAAGAAAUUGCCAGAUGUGACAUUAAUUCCUCUAAACUUGGAUGCUACAUUCACUGUAGAACUGUCACGAUCUGAUGUUAAUGUGAAAUGGUUGAUGAAAGGCAAAGAAAUAAAAUCAUCUGAGCGGUACCAAAUAACCUCAGAGGGAUCUGUGAAGAAAUUAGUUGUAAAGAAUGUUACCAUUGAGGAUCAAGCAGACUAUAGCUGUGUUGCUUUGAAUGUAAAAUCAACAUCAAAACUUAAAGUUGAAAUAAUUGAAACAGCACCAAGGAUUAACAUCGAAUCUCUUACAAAAGAAUAUCGAGUUAAAAAAGGAGAUGAUGUAACUAUUGAGGUGAAAUUCACUGCAGCUCCUCCAGCACAGGAUGAAUGGUUCAUCAAUGGCAAACUUGUCAAGAAAUCACCAAGGAUUAUACAAACACUGACUGAGAAUUCUGCAACUCUGACCAUUAAGAAAGCUGAAGAAACAGAUGCUGCAAGCUAUACUGUUAAAUUAUCCAACAGGCAAGGGGAAGCCUCAGCAGAGAUGACCCUCAUUCUAAUGGAGCCACCAUCAGAGCCAGGCAUCCCAGAAGUUGUUGAAGUCACUGACCAGACCAUUACACUUCACUGGAAGCCUCCAGAAUUUGAUGGACAUUCUCCUAUUACAAACUAUGUUCUGGAAUACCAUGACAAGACUGAUUUCACAUGGAUUCAAGUAAAGGAAAUGGUUAGAGAGACAACUCACAAAGUGACACAACUUCAGACAAAUGGGGAAUACAUGUUCCGUGUGUCAGCCGAGAAUGAUAUUGGCCGUGGUGCUCCAUCACACAACACCCGUUACAUACGAGUUACUAAACCAUUAUCUGCUGAACCACCAGCAAUCCAGCAGCCACUGGAAGGGGUAGUGUGUGGCUUAAAACAGUCGAUAACUCUUUCUUGUGUUAUUGGAGGAAUACCUGAGCCAACAGUAAAGUGGAUGAAAGAUGGGAAGGCGUUCAAAAGCAAAAAUUUGACAUAUGAGAACAGGAUUGCCAAAUGCAUCAUAAGUGAGACUACAGAGACAUCAUCUGGCAUUUACACAUGUCAGGCAACAAAUACAGCUGGCUUUGCAGAAACAUCAUGUGAACUUAAAAUUCAAGAACCUCCAAAACUUGAAUUUGAUGAGAGUUUGGUAACUCAGAAAUUAAGGAUAACUAAUCAGUGGAAGAUAGAAGUUAAGUAUUCAGGCUUCCCUAAACCAGAAGUGGUAUGGACAAAGAACGGAAAAAGCCUGGCUUCUACUAAGCACUGUUCCAUCUACCAUGAUGAAAAUUCAUCAACAAUUGCGAUAUAUUCCUUAGCAAAAGUGGACACUGGAACCUACACAUUUACAGCUCGCAGUGAUGCAGGUUCGGCGAGCGUGGAUUUCAGUCUAAAAGUCAUUGACAAGCCAAGCAAACCAGAAGGGCCAAUUAUUGUAAAAGAUAUCCGAAAGGAUUCUGUGGUUCUCGAAUGGAAACCCCCUGCAGAUGAUGGUGGCCUUGAGCUUUCUAAAUACUCUGUUGAAAAAUGUGAUGUUGAGAAGAUGGUGUGGAUGAAGGUUGCUGACGUAGAGAAAGAUGUCUCGUCAUAUUGUGUACAACGUUUGAGAGAGGAUUCAGAGUACAUGUUCAGAAUUAUUGCUGAGAAUCCAGUAGGAACAUCAGAGCCACUUGAGAGUGACCCAGUCACCAUUAGAAGCAAAUUUGAUAAACCGUCUGCCCCAAGAGGACCACUACAUGUCUCAGGUAUGACUGAGACAUCUUUCACUGUCGCUUGGCAAUCACCAGAAUCAGAUGGAGGUGCUCCAGUGCUGGAAUAUGUUGUAGAACGCAGAGAAGUGGGGAAGAAGGCCUGGCAGAAGGUUGGAAGCACAACAAAAGAUGUGACUCACAUUGAAGUUUCUGGACUUAAAACGAAUUCAUCGCAUAAUAUCAGGAUAACAGCUAGAAAUGAAGUUGGUCUCAGUGUACCAUUUGCUCCCGAAGAUGCAAUUACUGUUGGAAUGAGAAUAAGUGCCCCAUCUGCACCAGUUGAUCUACAUAUUACUGAUUUCACAAGCAAGAGUGUCACUCUGCAGUGGGGGCCCCCUGCCAGUACAGGUGGAACUGAACUAACAGGAUACAUAAUUGAAAAGAGACUACUGUCAUCAAAGAAGUGGAGCAAAGUUGUUACACUUGAACCAUCAGUACUACAAUACUGUAUAGAAAACCUUAAAGAUAAGGCUGAGUACUUCUUCCGUGUGUAUGCAGAAAAUGCCAUAGGACUUAGCCCACCAGCUGGCACAGAGCUGGUCUCCCUUAAAAAGCAUGCAACUGUUCCAUCACCACCUACAGCUCCACUUGAGGUACGACCCAUAGGCCCAAAUGCUGUUGUGAUUGCAUGGGGAAUCCCUGAAACUGAUGGUGGUGCACCUCUUCAGGGUUAUACUAUCGCCAUACGUGAUGUGCGAAAGACUAUGUGGAUGGAAGUUGGUCGUGUCAAAGCUGAUGUACAUAAACUCACAAUCAAAGACCUACAGGAAAACCAUGAAUACCUCAUUCGAAUUUUUGCAAAGAAUGAAGUUGGUCCUAGUGAGCCUUUGGAAUCAGAGGAGCCAUUUAAAAUGCUGAGGCCAACAGAAAUUGACCAGCAAGAACUCGAUAAGCUGGAAACGACAGCACCGACACUUAGUUUCAGUACUGAAACCACCACAUCCUGGAUGAAAGAAGCAGGCAUGGAUGCUGACAUCCGAUCAUACGCAAGAGGUUCAUUAUUAAGAAGGGAUGAAUAUUUCUUCCGUAUUUGGUACUAUGCCCGACAGUUGUUUAAGUGAUGUGGUGUAAGGAAUCAAUUGUGAAGACAAAGACAAAUAGUGUGUAAAGUGUAUACGAAGUCGUAAGUAGAGUUGUUGAGCGUAUCUGUGCUUAAGGCACUGAUAAAACAAUAGAACUAUUUAUUUUUUUACCUUUUGUAAAGCAAUUUUGUACUGAAUUUUAUAUGAAGGCUUGGAAGCAGCACUGUGGGCAAGCACUCUACUAUCUUGCUUCCUGAUUUCCAUCAAUGAAAUAAAAAAAAAGUACCCUGUGCAAAGCAAAGCAGGGGGCACUGAUAGAGAGUAGAACUUGCACCUGUUGCUUCUGGCUGACUGAUUCAAGGACCAAGACUGUUGCUUUGUAUUUCUUGCAUAUUCAGUAAAUAUGUAAAUAAGGAGGCAGAGGAACUGUACAUUACUACAAAUGUUAAUAAUAAUAAUUUAUUGAAAUGAGGAUGUAAAUGUUUAUGGACAUAAAAUGUAAUUCUUAUAGGUUUUUCAUAUAUAUGUAAUUUUUAUGGACACUGUACUACACAACAAAACAAGUCAGAGAAGUGGGUCUGCUGAAGCAGGACAUUUCUGCUGUGACUUAAUAAGUGUGUAAGUAAUACAGUGUAUUAUGCUGUGAUAUACUCUUGUGUAUCAUUCAGUUUUGAAUUAUGUGAUUUCAAAUGUGUAAUUGUGUUCAAUUGGCUGCAAGUAUUUUUUACCUCUUUUAAUAUCACUGUCUGUUUCAACUGCAGUUGCAAUAACUGCUUACAAAGUAGUCUGUAAUCAUUUGGUUCAAGUAAGCGUCACUUCACCGGUAACUUAAAGGAGACAAAAUAUAGGUGCAACGACAUGAAUUUGUUACUGGUAAGAGUCAGCUUACAGAGCAAAUGAUACUUCAUGAAAGAAUCAUAUUAAAAUAUAUAUAUUUUUAAAGUUGGAAUAA